AUGAAUGGGAAACCAGGAAAGAGAAUAACAUUCGAAAUGUAAAUUAAAAAUAUCCAAAAUAAAUAUUAAAUUAGAACUAGUUGUAUUGGUUCACAGCCUAUGAACUGAAAUCUCAAGCCUAAGACUGCUGGGUUCAAGGUUUCUUCUCAUAGUGUAGUAAAGAAGCUCAACUAUCUUAGAGAAAUACCCAAACAGCAAUGCAGCUUCCAACCUCUAUUUUCAAAGUAUACACCAUUUUUCAUUAAUUUGAACAAUGUCCAAGAAAAUAAUUGUGAGGGAGAGAGAUGAAUGUGAACACAUGGUUUCAGAGAUUUUAGUUCAUGGUCCACCAAUACCAUCACUUUGAACCUAUGACGCAGGAGGAUACUGGGCAGAAAAUCUGUGGUGAAAUAAACCUAUUCAUUUCAUGAUGUCUGGGACAUAAAAGGUAUAACCACAAGGCUUAACUUCCUUUCACGUGGCUUCACUUCCUCAUGGUUCCACCGCUCUCCCCGUAGCAUCUUAGCCUAAUGACUUGGCCUUCAGUUUAUGGGACCUUUGGGGACAGUAAGAAAAAGAAAAGCAAAGCCUACAGAGAGGAAGAAUGUAAUCACUCGUGAGUCAGUUCAUAACUGUCUUGGGACACAUCACCUAUGAAUAUCGUUUCUCUAUAGUCAUUUAUUUAAAAUUCACACACAAAUUUGCUUUUCUUAUUGACAGAUCUGAAAUGCAAGGAUGUGUCUUAACUAGUUUUAUUUUAAUUUUUUAAAAAUUGACUUACUUUCCAUGUGUACAUUUCACAUUUGCCUACCAAAAUCUUUAAAUGCAAAUUGACAAAUUUCUGGAUCUUUUGGUGAUUGACUUUGAAGACAGAGAAUUUCAGGAAAAUUCUAGAACUAUCAAAGUUGAUGUGUGGCCCUCUUAAAGUCAUCACAUGGUAACUAAGCUAUGAAAAACAUAGGUUUCAUGUGAGAGAAAGGCGUCAGCUGGGAGAGCGGCUGGUGAUAACGAGCUCAUAUAGUUUUAAUAAAGAUUUUUAACAAACAAAUCAACUAACAACAAGCAAAAUGAAUAAUCUAAGAUUCCAAUGUAGCUGAACAGAAUGAGGAGGGAUGCUUUUGUUUUGCUAGGAACUUGGAAAGACAGAGAUAACAAUCUGCUUUCAUCUAGAAAUUCUAUUUGGGAUUUCUUUAUCAGAGAGUAGGAAUUUUCACUUUUUAAGCAAAUACUGUCAUUCUCAAAGGAAGAUAGACUCAUAAAAUUAAAAACCUGUUACAUUGCCUGGCUGUUUUGUGGUGGCAGUGCCAUUUAUUGUUCCCAAUGCAAUCGAGAAGGAAAUGCAAUUUAUUGCAGUGGUUCAGCCAUAUCAUAAUGAAAUAUUAUUACUACCCUAUCAUCAACUGUAGGCAUCAUGUGUAGCUGUCUGAAUUCCUAAAAGAUCAUUACAGCUGGGAUAUCAGGAUAUUUUUCUGUGAACUUUAUUAGUAUAAAAUCCAAUGAAAGCUUUUGGUAAAUAUAUCCUGGAUAUCACUAACAUUUUCAUUAAAAAUUGUUGAUUAACUAAUCUGUUCUUCAGCCAGAUGUUUGAUCAGUAUGUGGCUUUCUUAGCAACACUAAUAGACUUCACUAGUUAUAUCUAAAUGAGUAUAUGGGAAUGGCGAGAUGGCCUCCCAACCUAAGGACCAGAGUUCAAUCUCUGAACUCUUAUAGUGGAGGGAGAAAGCUAACUGCUAAAGGUGGUCCUCUGACUUACACAGCAAUGACAAAACAUUCAUGUACCCAUACAUGUAAUCAGACACAGUCAAAGGCAAUAAGCAAUUUAAAAUACAAGAAGAAACAGAUACAUUUCUUUACCCAGCCUGAUUAACUGAGCAGCUGAUGUGCUCCAAAUAAAUACAUUGUGGCAUCUUCUCUGAGUUUCUGGACAGAUGCUUCUGAUGGAUAUCAGCUCCUGGAAUGGGAAAGACCAUGGGUUCAGAACUCAAUACCAUUAAAAUUUCUAUCAGUUCCCAUUAAUUAAUUCUAGGAAAGAACAGAUAAUGAACUAAUGGUGAAGCCCACAUUAUUAAUUAAAGGCUAGAGUAUAGGAGGAGGUUGGGUAGAGAGAUAAUGGCAAGUGUGUCAGAGAUUGUGUGUGUGUGUGUGUGUGUGUGUCUGUCUGUCUAUCUGUCUGUCUAUGUACACAUGUGUGGAAGUCAGAGGACAACCUUUAGGCAUGGCUUCCUGUCUUGCACCCUGCUUGUGCAAGGACCUUACAUUUCUAUAUCCCAAGGCUGGCUGGUUCUGUGGCUUCUGGAGCGUCUUCACCUUUUUCAGUACCUACUGGGAUUAUACAUACCUAUGUUACUGCAUUUGGCUUCUCUGUGGGUUUGGGGCAUCCACACUCAGAUUGGCAGACUUGUGAGGCGAGCACUUUCCCUACUGAGCCAUCUCUCCAGCACAUAAUUUUAAGGUACCUAGAAGUUGGUUCCUUUCCAUAGUGCCAGAUCUGGAGAAAAUGAUUGAGAGAGUUAAGAAAAACAACAGAAAAGCAAAUAACUGCCUGUUGGAUGCUUGUGAGAUGAUUGCUUUGGGGGGAUAAAAUUCCUUGCCAUAUGCAAAGUGAGAAGUCUCUAGAAGGUGACACCUUUCUGUAUUGUUCACUACUAUAUCACCAGUACCAUGUGGCUGAGUGACACGAGGCUAAGCAGUGGCUUUGAAGUCUCUGCCAGUGUCCUGCUGGCUGUCUGGAUGCAAGUGAGAUGAUGCAGGAGAGUGCUUGAGAGUGAACCUCAAAGCUGUCCUAGAACAAUCCCCAGCCGGAGAGCAUCAAAGUGGCAUUAAAGUCUAUUCCCAGAUGCCUUAGGUCUCAGUAUCUGUUUUAGUAUUUCACAAAGUCUUGAUUCUUCUGCAACCAUUUUCCUUGGUAGCACCUGUAGAGAACAACAGAGAUUAACCUUGAGACUGAAGACACAUGUAGGUUCCAACCAAACCCAAGGGAAGUAUUAAUGCAGAAAAAUGGAUGAGAGGUGUUUUAGAAGCCUUAGACAUCAGUGCCAUUUCAGCUCAAGCACUCACUUCUUAUUUGAUGUUUAUCUAUUGGAAAUAUCUUAAACCUAUUCUUUAAAGACCAGAUGGGCUAGCUCUCCUGUGCCCAUGCAGUCAGGGACAGCCUUAUUGUGCUGCUGAGGAAAUUCAUGAAGGAUCAAUAAAAAAAACAAAAGGAGGAUCAAAUGGAAGUCCACUCCAUAUGUGUUUAUUCAUUUCUCAUGAAUUGCUCUCUUUUGUUGGUGAAUCUCUAAGACCACACCUCCAUGGGAUCUCCAAGAUUUGAAACAUUGUACAUGCUGAGUUCCCAAUUCUAAACCUUACUUCGACCAGGGAGUCUUUAGUGUUGUAUCCUUUAAAAGGUGGCCUUUGGCAUAAGGCCUCUCCUGUUCUAUUUCGUAAUAUCACACUGAGGUGAUUGUUCCCAAAACCACUUGAAGAAGCAAGCACUUAAAGCUCCCAGAGUCUGACCAAGUUGAAUGAUUUAUGAGAUUGGCUCUUAAGGAAAUUUAUUUCAAUUUACUUAGUGGAAUAUUCUUUUCUCUUCACCCCCUAGUUUUCUAGAAUUUCUGCUUGUGUGAAAAUCCUUAUAGAUGAUGUUUGAAAGCCUUGCCACAUGCUGCUAUUCCCAAAUUGAUUGUGGAUCUUGGAACAAGUAUAACAUACCAGGAACUUAACCACAGCUCCAGUUGAGUUUUGCUAAGUCACAUACAUUUCUGAAAAACAGAUAAUCAGCAAUGAGCUUCUAAAUGCCUCCAGAAAGGCAAAUGCUUAGAACAAAACUGAAACCUUCUAAUUGCAACAGCACAUUUUAUGGUCAAUAAAGUAUUCAAUAUGCUAUGCAGCAGGAGUAUUCCAAGUGAGAGUCAAAUAAAAAUAACUGUGUUUGUCAUGUAGCAUAAUGAGAAGUUUCUCUGCUCAGCAAAAGAUAACCCCACCACCACCCCCCACUAAAUACCCUUUCCCACUUGGCAUAUUUGAUGGAUUGCUCACACAAAGAGACUGUGGGGUAAGUCUAGCUAAAAUAGAGGAACCUAAACAAAUCUCUGUCAGGAAACCAGAAAGAAAGUUUGCGCCUCAACUUAAUUGGCUUGUGAUUACUUACUGAGAUCUAAGUCGAUUGUGCUCCCAUGCUCUGAAGACUGCUAUUUUUCUUCCCUGGAGGGAACAGAAUAUCUCUGAUUCUUUCCUCAGUUUCUCCUUCAGUACAUUCCAAGAACCCAGCCCUUCCCCUGUUUCUGAAUUGCAAUGCUUGCCCUACUCAGUAUUGAUUCUUUCACAAAUUUAAAAAUAAAAUACCAAAAUAUGGAUGAUUGUAAACAAAGCUUUGUGCAGUUUCAGACAAUCGAAUGCCUAGCAUCCGAGGGUGCUAGCAGCAGUCCAAUGUCCUUCACUUGAUCUGGAUUUUGAAGGAGGUGCAUACAUGGAGGCCAGAGGUCAACAUUGGGAAUACUUACAUGCCAUUUUCUACCUCAUUGUUUUAGCAAUAGAGUCUCUCCCUGAACCUAGAGCUCACUAGUAAGUUGACUUAACUGACCAGGAAACCUCCAGGGUCUGCCUGUUUAGAUUCCUGCAAUGCUGACCUUAGAGACAUACACCCACCUUUUACAUAGGAGCUGGACUUCAGAACUCAGAUCCAUAUGCCCACGCAGGAAGUCCUUUACCCACUGAACCAUCUCUCUCGACUCUUUUAAGACUUAAUUCUCAUUUCCCUGGUUAUUCUUUCCUUUUUCUUUUUUUCCUAGCCAUAUGUUCAGCAGCCCCAACUGUGAUUUCAUAUGAAUUUAAAUAGAUCUGGGCAUUUCUGUUAUAUUUAUAAACUUGGACACAUUACCUGGCAAGCGCGGUGUCUUUUUCUUGAGAUAAGGAAAUCAAUACACUUAGUUUUCCCUCAAGCAUCUUCUUAAGGAUUUAAAAACACAAACAAAACAAAGUAACAAGCAUAGUUAAUUUCAUGCACCGUUUACUGAGCUUUAGCAGUUGUUAGCAAUUUGCCAAUCUUAUCUAUUAAUGGAAAGGACCUUGUUUAAAACAGCUGCUAGGCAUAAUACUAAUUCCCUGAUAAUUCUUAAGGAUCCAUCUCCAUAUGAUAAGAACAAAUAUAUACAUAAAACUCAUGCUGUUACUACAUUAAGCACUGUCCAUCACUCUUUUUAGAUACAAGUCACUAUUUAAAUUAUGUAUCUAUAGUCAUACUUCAUUUGGCUGUCAUGUUUUCUGAGUCUCACUCAACAUACAACACAUGUUUCCUCCUUUUCUGUGGGUUUCUGGUUUGUUUAAGAAACAGCUGUUUACCUUGCACGGUGUUAUAAAUCCUGGCUUAGUACUUGUUCCCUCUAGGUGUCUAUACCUAGAAAUAGUCUGCCUACUGCUAUCACAGAGGGCCCAUUCAAAGAAGUUACUUUCAUUCUUGCAAGGCCUAGGGAAUCAACCAAGCAUAUUAGUGAUGUGAGAAAAUGAUUCCUCUGUGUUUCCCGUACAAGGAAGAAAUGCUCUCUGGGGUUUACUUUUGCAUAAAACUAUUCCCCCCACAGGAACACUAAGUUAUGUGGAAACCCUUGUUUGCAUGAAUGUUUAGAUGAAUCCACUUAACUACAGGUCUUAUAUGUUGGUAUUUGGAUUAGAGGGCCAGAGAUAGUUUUGUCCUGUCCAUCAGCCGUCUCCAUCUUGUUCCUUGACUGUACAGUCUUCUUUUUUAUUUCAAAAUCAAUUUUGAACACUUGAAAAAACACAGAUGAAGAGGCCAGUAGAUCAUUUGCCUUCUUAGUGUAGUCUAAUUCUCAGGGAAGUCUCGCCAAAAUUAUACUUGUUCCCUACAGGUUCCCAUGAGAGACAAGAACCAGGUGUGUAAAGCAUGCCGGUCACGUAAUACUUGGCUCUGGUUCCUAGGAAAUGGCGGCUUCUGUUUUCAUUCAAAACAUUGCAAUACUCCAUUGAUUUAAUAGUCAGAUCAUCAUUGAACUCAAUGACUGGAUUAUGACUGCCAAAUAGGCAUCAGUGCUGAGGGGAAAGGAGAGAGUGUCUUGGGGAACUAGAAAUAUUAACUUUACCUCCUAUCAGAGUAAUAAAAAUCUUUUGGGUCAGAAAUCACAAAGAAUAGUCUACUCUUUACAUUAGCUUCUUUGACCUUUGUUCCCCACUUGGUUGUAGCAUGCCACCCUGAAUUGUAUAUGGGACACCAAAAAUCCCUUGGACAUACCUGUGAAGUGACUUCUGAGUUCUACUUGCCUACCGUAUUAAUGCAUUGGGUAUUCUAUGGUGAGUCAACAGAAUUUCUGUGCUGGUAAGAGCAUGGCUGCAUAAGGGGAGAUGUGACACAGUUCUUGCCUCUGGAGUACUGCCAGGCUGUUGAUCCCUGUAUGUGCUGAUGGUUGCUGUUGCCCUGAAACUUCUCUGUUGUUUCAAUCUUUUUUCAUGGGAAUAUACUUCCCCUGUUGCAUAGAACUAAUCACUCCAUAAUAAUAAACAAAAAGAUACAGUUCUCAGGAACGAGGAAUGGUGGCAGUCAUGAGGCUGUGGAAGAAAAGGAACAGACCUCUGUUUGGCCUUUAGGGCCAUGGGAAAGCAUUUACAUAACAUAACCACAGAGGGCAGAAAUGCCUACAUGGUCCUUUGUAGAAAUUGUUCAUUGUAAGACUUGGCCUUGAAUUUGGACUUGUGAAGAGACACAUGUAUGCUCCAGCCAAUGACAGAUACGUUAAUUAGCCAGGGUGAACUUUGGUAUAUCAAGAAUAUAGAGUUAAAAUCAUCUCAGGAAGAAAAGGUAUGGAUAGGAAAUGAAGGAAUCUAUAAAAAAACAAGCAAAUGAUUCUUUUCCUGGGGAAUAUAUUUCUGUCCCUGUGCAGAGCUAAUCACUCCAUAAUAAAUGGAAGAGAUACAGUUCUCAGGAGUGAGGAACAGCAGCAGUCAUGAGGCUGUGGAGGACAAGGAACAGACUUCUGUUUAGCCUUUAUCUUAUAUAAGGAAGGUUUGUAUAUGAUCUAGAAAUAAAUAGUCUUAGAAGGACAGUAUAUGAGUCCAUAGAAUUGCUAGGGUAAGAAGCAAAAAUUAGAGAAUUAAAAGAUGAUAUACAAGCAAAUAAAAAGUUAGUUCUUUAUUCUCCUAGCUAUGUGAAGGAUAACAGUACCUACUUUACUUGCAUAAAAUUUAAAAUUUGUGGCAAGCUUUUGCUUAUGAGGAACUUCACAUUAUACAAGAUAAAUUCAUGAAUACUGGUUCAUUGUUUUAACCUCAACCAUUGUUGUUCCAACCAUUUUGUGCUCAAUAAUCAGUAAAGCAACACUUAAAAAAUUUGUUGAAUGCUAUAAAGUAGAAAGUAUGAUUUCAUUCUAUUUAUUCUUUUUUAAUAUUUUCAGAUUCAUGAUGCUUAGAAAGCCCAAUUAGGCUGAAAGACAGAGAGUCUAAACCUCCAUCUGGGACCAAGACAUUCAGAUUUUAUGUAUGAUUUAUGAAAUGAUAAGAAUUAUAACCAUAGGUAGCAGGAAAGAAGAGCAAGGUACUCAGAAGCAGGGUGGCAGCUAGGAUCAUGGGUGGGUGUUUCUAGCAGAUAUGCCUUGUUUUCUACCAAGUGAUAUAGAAAUAAGAGGGCCACAGAGCUUAUUAGGACAUUGGAGCAUUGGUAGAAAAUGGAUGCAGAAGUAAGACAUAAUCGUUAGAAGAUGUUGUUAGGUGAUUGUAGCCAUGCUCCAUCUGAGAUUGAAAGAGUCAAAUAUCUAAAGAUGGAGAGAAAUUCAUGUUCUUCCCUACUGUAAUGGAUGUGUGCAUGCUGGGGAUACUGUGGAAUGGACAGGGCAGUUAGAUCAGAAAACGAGGCAUUGGUCCUUGUCACAGUGAUCCUCCAUCAUUGUGUUAUAAGCUUAGGGAACAACAACAUCUCUGGGGUAGUUAUUCACUGAAAAACAACAAUGUCUGAAGACAAUAGGCUCUGAGGACUCAGUCUUGAUGAAAUACCCCUCCUGAAAAUGAGGCUGGGAGAAGUGUUUGUUGUCCUUUUGUUUUGUUCGGAACACUGGCAUAGGUUUCUCAUUGAUUUCCAUUGGAAAUGAGAACAGAGAAACGAGUUCCACUUUCCUUUCUUGUUAACUCCUGCAUUUAAUUUGAACACAAAAUGGGAUAACAUCAAUUCGGAGAAACAAUCUUUGAAAUAAUUUCUCUCCUUAAUAUUUUUAUUGCACGAUGGGAUUUGCAAUGACGCUUCAUAAAUUUAAUCUUCUGAAUGGUUUAUGUACCAAUUACUUUUAAAACUGAGUGAUGUGUUUUAGUAAUUAGUCUGGUAAAAAGCAUUGGUCAUCACUUUAAUCUAAACAAUGGUGAGUUUUCCUUCUUACAUCACAGAAGUGAUUAUAUAAGUAAUAUAUAAAUUUCUCUUGUAUACAUUCGAUUUUGUUUUUAUUUUCCUACUGAUAAUGUAUUUGUAUUUAUAAUUUCUUGCUAUUCUUAAAAAUUUCCUUUAUAUUUUUCCCACUUUAUACCAAUCAAAUCCUAGGAAGUUCCUUUGCCCUUUAGAAUCCUACUACUUCAGGACUGUGUAUUGUUUAGUGCUUCUGUGGCUGAUAUUGACCUGUACACUAUAACUACUGUCAAGGUUUGAGGUUGCAGACUCCCCAAAGUAGGUCAGUUACAAGUAAAGUAUUCAUUAAGAUGUUUUAACCUAGACCAAACACCAAUUAUCUUCACUUUCAAUCAUCCCUCAGUUAACAGCUGUUUUUCUGCAGUUCCUAUUUUUAUUUGAAAACCUAUAUGUCAAAAUGGAAUCUUUUCAGUUUUUAUUGGUAUCAGUGUUUAUAAAGACAAUGUGAUCUUAAAGUAGAAAGAAGUUCCUGUGCUCUGAAAUCUUUUAUGUGUCUUAAAACACUAUUGGCACCUUAUCUUUUAAAUGAAGGGCAUGUUGUCCUACAUCGUGAGAGAAGCAUUCUGAGUUUACUUGUGUCUCAUGUCAUUCUAACUUUGGAGAACUGUCUAUAACUUACUUGGAAUCAUCUCUGCUUUUUACGACUCUGUACCUUCUUCAUUCCGUUUUGUUCCCAUGCCCGUGAAAGUGUCAUCAACACAAGGCAGCACUUGAUAUUACCUUACUGCUGGUGUUCAUCUAAGGAAGCAUCAUUAUGGUAGGCAUGGUUUCUCUGUAGAAAAGGCUCUGACCAAAAUCUAAUGACCUGAGGUUGGCUCCAGAAACCCACUUGGUAGAUUGAAAGAACACACUCCCAGAAACCAGACUCUCACAUCUACACACAAAUUUUGGUGUGCAUGAGGCCACAUACCAAUUAAAUAUACAAGUAUAAAAUGAGCAGUAUUUUAAAACUGUUUCUUCACUCGUGACAUAAAAUUGUCUUUCUACGGUGAACUCAUCCCUGAACUAGAAUACCUCAGGUCAUUUUGAAUGCAUAAAACACUAGAAGACUAGUAACCUUUAGAUUGUUGAAUGAAGUGGUAAAGAAUGUAUCUUCUUUUUUAAAAAUUUUAUUAACAUUUAUCAACUUAUAGGGUGGUUUGAUUAGAUUCAUACAACAAAUAUCUAUAUCUGCUACCAGCCAGGCCCUGCCCUAAAGUUUAAGAAUGAGAUCCAAGCUUCUAAACUGUAAACUCUAAGCAUUCAGGAUUUACUGGGUGGUUGUUCUAGCGUAGAGCCACGUGACUUACAGUUCUCCACUGUAUUUCUCUUUAUUUCCUAUGGCAUUGCUCAGGAAAGCAGCUAUUUAAGUGUCUCAAUACUUUAGCAGGUAUCAUAGUCAUAUUCAAGUAGAAAUGUCUCAUUAGCCUCCUGGUUUUAUUUAAGAUAAUAGAAAUGCAUUAAACAGGCCAUCUCUUUUUUGUUAAAAACCAGACAAAGAUGGGGGAAGCCACAGGUGCUAAGACAGAAGCUUGUCUACCUGAAUCCUGUCAGUUGCCGACUCUGUAAUGAGUCUGAGGGCCACAAUGAGGGUCCAGGGAAGAGUACCAGUCGAAGUUGUUUUUUUUUAAAUGAGCAAAUGCUUAUCUCAUAAUUGUUAGUUGAGGAAUAAUGAGAAAAGGCUAGCUGAAAACAUUAGAAAUUAGUUACUCUUGGAUUUAACAAGGGACACUGUGAAAUUCAGUUUGAGCAGGGCUGUGAAAUGUUUGUGGUCAAAGUCAACCAUAAAUUUCACAUUGUUUGAAGUGGCAUACUGUUUACUUGUAGCAGUCAAGGUUGAUGAUUAAUAGACUUCUUCAAUAUUUGGUUCUCAAGGUAGUCCACUAACAAUGACAGUAUAUGAUAUUUCUUAUAAAUGCAGAAAAAACAUAUAAACAUAUAAACAUAUCUGCCCACGUACUUGUACCAGAUAUGGGGCUACUCAUUUAUACCAUGGUGGAUAAAGUCACUCUUCACCCUUGGUGACCAUAUGGUAGUCCUCAGGACUUAAGAGUGUUACUAUAUCUGACAACAGAGACUUGGAAGAUGUAAUUAAGUCCAGAAUCCUUAGAGGAAAUGUGAUCUUGAUUUAUCUGAACAUGCUUCUGUAAUCACAGGAUUCUAUAAAAUGAAUGAAGGCGCCAGGAAUCUCAAUGUCAGGGCAGAGUCUGGAAAAGACUCCAUCAGCUCCUAUUAGCUUUUAGUGACAAAUGACCUUGGUCUAAGAAACCCGGGAGUCUCUGGGAAUAUAAAAAGUCAAGGGCUCAGUUUUCUCUGUAAUCUGCAGAGGAAUGCAGGCCUCCAGUGCUUUGAUUUCAUCCUAGUAAGACCCAUGCUGGAGUGUGGUCCUUUGUGUGAAGAGGAAAUAAAUGUGGUAUGCUCUAAGCUCCUACAUUUGUCCUGAUUUGUUAUAGUGGUGACGCGGAACUAACAAGUAGUUUGAAUGGUAGUUUGUGCUUAUGAGUUUAUUUCUGAAACAAGUCCUAACAUCGAUCGAUUGUUUUAUUUGGUUCAUGGUUAUGAAGUUUUCAGUCCAAAGUCUUAGAGUUACAAUUCGUUUAGGCCUUUGUGAAGGUGGCUCAUCACAAUGGGAGUUUGUGGAAGGGUACAUUGCUCACACCUCCAGCCAGGAUGCUGAGAGACAGAACGGGCUGUGGUUCCACAGUCUAGUUUGAGCACAAGCUCUUAAUGACCUUAGACCUUCUGAAAGACACUUCCUGUUAAUGUCCAUGACACUUCUGAAUCCUGACACCAGGGCCAUUAAAGUUUUAAUUUAUGGCACUUUGCGAAACAUUGACAUUAGAAAUUCUAUGAGUGUUUUUAUGAUUAUAAAUGUGUGAUGUUAAAAUGAAAGUAUUUUAUGUUCUUUUUUUCUUCCUCAUAUGUGUAUAAUUUAGUCCUUCUGGUUUGAAAAAAUGCUUAAGGGACAAGACUGUUUUACUGUAUGGAGUUUUUAAUUUACUUCAAGGUUUUGAUGACUGAUUGACAGGUAUUCCUCAUUAUCUUGGCAAUUUAUGAAUAUGUUUGGCUGGUCCAAAACUCUCACUUAUCUUGGUAAUUGCAUCUUGCCAGUAUUAAAAGUAUUUGGAACUUGAGACAUAGAUUCACAUUUAGAGAACUCACAAGAGACCAAGAAAGAUAAAGUAGUCUACCGAUUUCCCAGAGGACAAUGGGGAGCAUCCUUGUCGGGUAUAUUGUGGCUUUCCUUUGCCUGCUGCUUUUCAUCACAGGCUCAUGAUUAUCCCUUUGGUUUCUGUGAUCCUAUGAGCCCUGGUUAGUUGAUUCUGUAGACUAUGUUCUUAUGGUGUCCUCACCUCCUCUGGUUUGUAAAUCCUUCCUACCUGUCUUCUUCAGGGUCCUCCUGGCUCAGUCUAGUGUUUGUCUGUGGGUCUCUGCAACUGCUCUUAUAAGUUGCUGGAUGAACAACCUCUCUGAUGACAAUUGGCCUAUGAACUGAUCUAUGAGUAUAACAGAAUAUUACUAGUAACCAUUCCAUUUUUUCCAGCCAUGUUUGGUUCUAUCCAAAGACUCAGGACUAUUUAGUACCUGGUUUUGGGCCUUGCAGGUAGUAUCAGGCAUGGGCUCCCUUCUCUGGCAUAGGCCUGAAGUUGGACCAGUCAUUGGUUGGCCAAUCGCACAAGUCUGCACCGUCAUUGCCCCCGUGCAUCUUGAAGACAGGAUAGAUUAUAGAUAGAAGGUUAUGUGGUUGGGUUGGAUUCAUAGAUCACUGCUUGACUGGCUAUAGAAGAUGGGCGAUUCAGCGCUACAUAUGGUUAACUAUUAGGAAUCUUCACUAUGGUUGCUCUUAUAGUGUCUAGGGAAUUUCCACUGCACUAGGUUUUCAUGUCACCCCUUAAAUACCCCUCAAUUCCAGUUACUUUCCGAGUACUCUCGCCAUCUAUUCCUUCUACCCUUACCUGAUCCCUCUGUUCCCAUUCCCACCAGGACUCUACUCCAUUCAUAAAAUCUAUUUCUCCUUCACAGAGAGAUCCUUGCAUCUUUGCUUGAGCCCUCUUUCAUAUUUAACCUCUCUGGGUCUGUGAAUUAUAUAUAACAUGAUUACCCUCUACUUAACAGGUAAUGCCCAUUUAUCAGUGAGUACACACCAUGUUAGUCUUUCUGGGUGUGGGUUACCUCACUCAGAAUGAUCAGUUUCUAGUCCCAUCAGUUUGUUUGACAAUUUCUAGAUGUCUUUGUUUUUAACAGGUGGGAAAUGCUCCAUCGCAUAAAUUUACUACAUUUUCCUUAUUCAUUAUUUGGUUGAGGAACAUUUAGUUCUUUCCAGUUCCUGGCUAUUAUGAGUAAAGCUGUUAUGGACACCGUUGAGCAAGUGUUUCUAUGGUAGGAUGGAGUAUCCUUUGGGUGCAUUGCUAAGAGUGGUAACUUACUUCAUGCACCAUGGCGUGCUGCAGUACGGAUGAUUCCUGUGUCACCUUUCAUUUUGACAUCAUCCAACCUAUUUCUUAAAAGCAUUCAUUAAACACCCAUUUUUGGGGGGAAAUGUCUUAUUUAAAGAGAAUUAUAAAACUCUAGGCAUUAUGUGACUGCAACACUGCAUAUCAAGCUUACGUCUUACAGACAUGCAAUAUUUGUACAGGUAACUUUCCCCAGUAAGACCUUUUCAUUCAUUAUUGUGGUUAAAUUUCAAAAAUCUCAAUGAAAUUUAAAUAGUUACCACUUUCUCAGUGAGAAAGUUCAAACUUCGUGUGAUUGAAUAAUUUACAAGUGGCAUGUAAAUGAAAACAUCCUUGUUCAAAUUUGGUCUAUUGUUCAAACAAAAUUUCCAUUACUCAACCCGUCUACACUCUAUGAUUGAGAGUCUUGGGCGCAGGGUGUUUCUCUAGUGACUUACCACUGAGUAUUCUAGAAAUCUAGUUCCAAACCUUAGCUAUAUGAUAAGGGUUUAGAAAAGGGCAUGAGGGAGAGAUAGAGGGAAAGAAAGUCAGUGGAAAGAAUGGAAGGAGAGAUAUAGCAAAGGAAGUUUGGAGGCAGAGAAAAUGAUAAUAUGAUGAGGAGGGAGGGAAAGAAGGUUUAUGGAGCUAGUAUUUCAUUCUAGUUUCAUAAAAAUAUCUUCUGUGGAAAAUAAAGAAUUAGUAUAUGCACUUAUGUAUAUACAUAAACAGUUCAUUACUGGAAUGUAUCAUCACAAAUGUGGAUAUUGUCAUGUGUGUAUCUUCAAGGUAUAUAUUUCUAUAAGCAUUUAGAUCCAUUCUUCAGGAUCCAUGGGAAACUGGUCUCAGAUCCUGACAUAUAACAGACCUGUGAAUGGUAAGCCUCUUAUAUGAGAUAUUUUUACAUUUGCAUAUAGCAUUUCUACUUACCCCUGUAUGUUUAGCUUAAAUAUAGAUUACAUAUAAUCCUUACAUUGUGAAUACUUGGUGAAUAAAUGCCGAACUGUUAUUCACAAUAAGGGUAAGGAAGAGAGUCUGUAAAUGUGUGGUACACUGAGUUUUUUUCUGAAUAUUUUCUGCCUAUGUUGGUUGAAUGAAAGAGUGCAUAUUACAUAGAAGCCUGGCAAUAUAGGUUUGAAUGUAUAUACUUAUGGUUGUUAAGUGUGGAUAUAUAAAUUGUUGCCUAGAAUUUGUCAUCUGUUUGUGAUCUCAUCUUUAUAUUUGAGGCAUGUUUGAGAUAACUCCAUAUACAGGGAUUGCAUCCAAUUGCUUUAAUGACCAACUAUCAAAGCAAAUUAAAUCAGAAAAUCCUGCUCCUUUGGAGAUAGCUUAUCUGGUCUUGUGAGGAAUCAGUCACUGGAUGCCUUUGUUUGAAUGAUUUUGUUUAUUCAUUUCUUCUUUCUUUUGCAUAGCGCUUGUAAUGGAGAAGCAGAAAAUUGGCUUUGACAUAAAGGAUCCACUUCCAAAGAAUUACUGGAGACAAGAAAAAAUUUGGACAGAACUGUAGCUUUUAGGAACUAUAAUUUUCUCUCCACAAUACAAUAGCAUGAGAAGCUUAGAGAAUUUUUAUGCACAUGUGAGUUAUUAACUUCAUGAAAAUAACAUUUUGAACAUGGAAAUAUACUUGGACUAGUUCUAAGCUUUCAUUUACCUUUGCUAAGCAAUAAUCCUACUUGAACAUUCCAAAUAUUUGUUUGAAACAUGGUUAAAUAAUGGUUUAAAUUAUUUUGAGCAAAAGAAAGCAUACAAGUAAGGGCUCAGAAGAUGUCUUUAAAGAUGUUGAUUCAAUUUAAGCAUUAAACAUUGCUUUUUAGCUUCAAAUUUUCUCUAAAGUGUAAGUAUUCAAAACACAUUUUGAAGAAAAUGAAAUUUUGUGGAAUUGAUGAGAUCGCCCUGCAAACCCAAGAAGCAAGUCUCCUGCUGUUUAAGAAGAACCUGUGUGUCCGGACCUACGUAGGAGCUUAACUUCCAUCACUUGUAAUUUUCUUUGUCAAGUUUCUCUACCUUUUCAUGUAUUAAGACCCCCAGAGAAAUGCAUUUUAAUCUGUACAGAUGCUCAUCUGAUGGUCAAAAGCAUGACCAUAAUCAGCAUGAAAAAUGCAAGUUCAUUGGAAAAUUAAUCUUCUCAUGCAAAAUAACACAAUGUGUACUUUGGACUAAAACGGGCACAUUGUUGAGGACAAGCAUUUAGCCUCAGUGCAUUUUUUACAACAAAGUUGAAGGGUCUUAGGGUAUGUAUCAAGAGAUCUAAGAAGAUAAUUAUUAUUUGACGUAAACUUUGUGAUAAACCUGUUCAUAUACUUUUAUCUUUCAUUUCCAUCUUCCUGGUGAUGUGUAACGGAUAAUCUACCAUGAGUAUUGUCAAAGUGGUUGAGAACACCUUCUCUUUAUUUCUCAGUGAGAUGUGUGGCAUGGGAUCUUACUACAGCUCUAAAUAAAGCUUGAACCCAGGGAUUUUUAGCUUUUACUAAUCUUAUUCAAGAAUCAGAAGAUAGCAUUAUUUUCAGGUUCUCUAAAUUCUUCCACUGCUCUUUUCUUUUUUUUUUAUUUAUUUUUUUUAUUAACUUGAGUAUUUCUUAUAUACAUUUCGAGUGUUAUUCCCUUUCCCGGUAUCCGGGCAAACAUCCCCUCCCCCCUCCCCUUCCUUAUGGGUGUUCCCCUCCGAACCCUCCCCCCAUUGCCGCCCUCCCCCCACCAGUCUAGUUCACUGGGGGGUUCAGUCUUAGCAGGACCCUUUUCUAAUUGAGGCAUAGGCUGUCGUCAGUGUGCAACUGGAUAUUGAACAGAAAGAAAUUGGCAGUGCAGGGAAGUGGUCAGACUGAGAGGUGGGACCUUGACAUUGGAAAAGGAUCAUAAAAUUAUGUUGGAUUUAACUAGCCAGAAGGAUUUGAUAGAGUUAGAGACAUGAAAACUGAAGUCAAUCACAUGAAAAUAUAUAUUAAUUUGACUAGAGGUAAUCUAUAAAGCAGGUCGUGUAUAAAGAUAAAAUAUAUUCUUCAGUUGCUGAUAUAUUAAUUUACAUAUCCAGUGCAAUGUAAGUAAAUUCAUACAGUGAUUAUUACAUAUCUUUUUUUAAGAAGGCUAAAAUUAUUUUUUACUGCAUCAUUAAAUGACGAGCUUCUCAUCUACUUUUAACGUGUAGCUAAAUGCAGAAUCUUACUUAAGUUUUCCCUCCAGGAGCCUUGAGUGAAGAAGUAGGAGGUUGGAUUUCAUUUCUUCUAUUUUCAUGUACCUUUAGUUGCUUAUCAUGAAUAUUCCUGGUUAUGACUUUAAAAAUACUAACUUUUUGUUUAAAAUGUGAAACCUUUUAUUAACUAGUUUAGCUGAAUACUUUUGCUUCAUUUCUUUCCUUAUAACUUUGAUUUAACAAAAACACGUGAGGAAACCAAUUAGUGCUACCUUAAUUUUAGUUACAGGUAGAGAACUUUAGGCUGUCAGUCAUCUGUUACCAAGUCUAAAAUUAAAAUAAAACCCUUCAUUUCUCACAAAGAAAUAUCCAGGACUAGAAAUUGAGGAAUAUAGUGUCUUGUUUGCUUUGUAUUUCUGAAGCUUUGAGGCCUUUAUUAAAUCAUGUAAUAUUUUCAGAUCUCAUUGUUCAAACAAAUUCAGUCUAAUUGAAUCUCAGAACAACUUUUAUUUGCAUUUCUCUGAUGGUUAGUGAGUUUGAAAAAUUUUUUUAUGUUUAUCAGUCAUAUGCCUGGCAUCCUUAGGGAAUUAUUUGCUCAUUUCAUUAGUCCAUUUGAUGAUUUGGUUGUUCAAUAUUUUGAUAUUUUUUAUUUUUAUUUCUUUAUAUAUUCUAGAUAUUAAUUAUUCAUCUAUCAGAUAUAUAACUAACAUGGAUUUGAUUCCCAUCUACAGACUGUAUUUUCUCUUUAGGGAUUUUCUCUUGUUGUACAUAAGCUUUUUAGUUUCUUGAGGCCCCACAUGACAAUUCUUGGCAUAAUUUCCUAUGGUAACAAAUUCCUUUUCAGAAAGUACUUGCCUAUAUCAGUAUUUUGAAGUGUUUGUCCCUCUUUUUAGUUUUUCAGUUUUAGAGUUCCAGGCCUUAAAUGAAAGUCUUUGAUUUAUUUGGAAUUAAUUUUAAUAGAGUGAAAUAUUUUUAAAUAUUUUAUUUUAAAAUUAAUUUAUUAUUAUACUAAGUUAUUAUCAUUUACAUUAAUUUAAUUUAAUGAAAGAGAUCUAAUUUCUUCUACUUGUGGAUACCCAGUUUUGUAAACAUCACUUAUUGAAAUGGCUCUUUUCUCCAAUCUAUAUUUUUGACAUCAGGUGGCAAUAGCUGAGUGGAUUUAUUUUCAUAACUUUUAUUCUAUUGCAUUGAUCCAUGUCUGUAACACCUCAGUCAGAAUGGAAGUCAAGGUGCUAAUGAUGAACAAGUAUAGCUUCUAUUGGAAACAGCCCCAUAAGAAGAACAACAAUAUCAACCAAACAGACCCCAUCACCCCAGAGCUCUCAGGGACUAAACCACCAUCCCAAGAGUAUACAGGAACCUAUGGAUCCAUCUGAAUAUGUAGCAGAGAAUAGCCUUGUUGGACAUCAAUGAGAGGAGAGGCCUUUGGUCCUGUCAAAGCUCCAUGACCCAGUAUAGGAGAAUGUCAGGGUAGGGAAGUGGGAUUGAGUAAGUGGGUGGGUGGAGCACCCUUAUAGAAGCAGAGGGAGGGGAGAUGGGAUAGUGGGUUUCUGGAGGGGAACCUGGGAAAGGGGCAUAAUAUUUAAAAUGUAAAUAAUAAAAUAUUCAAUAAAAGAAAAAGAAGAAAACAGUAUGGAAGUUCCUAGCAAAAACUGAAAAUAGACUUAUCAUAUGACAAAUCUAUACCAGUUCUUAGCAUUUAUUAAAAAGAGUUCAAGUGAACAUAUCAUAGAGACACAUGUUCAACAAUAUCUGUUGCAGACCUAUGCACAAUUGCUACAUUGUGGAAUGAAUACAGAUGACUAGUAACAAAGGAUGGAUAAAGAAAGUAUAAUAAAUAUUAUCUAUCUAUAUCUAUCUAUCUAUCUAUCUAUCUAUCUAUCUAUCUAUCUAUCUAUCUAUCUGUCUGUCUGUCUACAUAAAAUGAGAAGUCUUAAACCUUAACAAAAAAUGAACUUUGUCAUUUCAGGAAAUUGGACAAGCUGCAAAAAUUAUUUUAAACAGUUUCAGAAAACCAAAUCUUUAAAAUUUCCACUCAAGUGUGUCCUAUUAUAUAUAUAUAUAUAUAAUAUACAUAUAUGAUACAUAUACAUAUAUAUAAUCAUAUAUGUACUUAUCAUGUAAAUGAACAAGAGAAAUUGAGAAACAAAGCAGACUAAUGAGAGGCCAGGAUAUGUGUGUGUGUGUGUGUGUGUGUGUGUGUGUGUGUGUGUGAGAGAGAGAGAGAGAGAGAGAGAGAGAGAGAGAACAGUAGAGUAUAGAGGAAAUAUGCUAAAUAUACCUUUUAUUCUUGCAUGAUAAUGGCCUUAGAUAAAACUUCAUGGCUGGAAAGAAAUGUCUCAGGUCAUCCUUGGCUACCUCUAGAAAGGUUGAAUCCCACCUGUCUUAAAAUAGUCUAGCAAGUAAACAACAACACACCGUUCCCCAAAUCAAAAGAAAACCAAAGGAUAGGCCGAGUAGCAUGUGCAGGAACUCGGCCGGGCUGCAGAAUGUCUUUGGUAAAUAAUAUAGAGAGGAACUGUGUGAGAAAAGUUCCCUCUCAGGAGCCAGCAGACCUUAAUCAUCACCCCUCUCCCAGUGGUUGGGAUUAACAGCAAAGUGUUUUCUAUGUGACCAGUACCAAGCAAUGUGCAAGAGCUAAUGAGAGGUCUUCCCAGAUAGUCUAACCAGUGUCUGCUUAUGAGGCUAGCCUCCGAUGCCUUACCCUGCACACUCACAGGUCAUUUGGCGCCCACCAAACACCAACCCUUCCUUAGGCACUUGCUUCCGUCAUGAUGGUUUCUCCCACUGUGCUAUGCCAUCAGAGGGAGAAAGCAGCCAAGAGUAUAGUUUGCAUUAGUGAUUUUGGUAAGAACCUUAUUUUCUAUUAUGUUUCUAUUGGCUGAUCACUUCAAAAUUGUUUUUGACAGGUGUGAAUGAAAUAGAGAAAAUGAGAGGAAAGAGGGCUAUGUGUCCAGAAGGCCCAUGGAAAUAAACUGGAAAACAUUAAAUACCCACGGGUGUGCUUCUCAGGUGCAGUAUGACAGGAGCGCGGACUUUUGAUUAGUGCAUAUUAGGACAAUAUGACACUCAAGAUUGGUAAAUGACAAUGCCUGGGGGUAAGGAGACCUUAGGUUUUAUUUCUGGCUCUCUGUGGAUCAUCCAACAACCUUAGGCUUGGCAUCAAUCAAGGAAGGAGACUGGAGCAACUGAUCAGAAUGUUCUUUUCCAGCCCUGACUGGAGGCUAAGAUAUCAUCUUAAUUAAAGCCAUAAUCAUAAAAGCCAAAGGGAAAAUUGUGCUCUGGUUGAUCGACCAUGUUUAGCAAAUCUAAGCUUAGUUACUCACGUGUGGAAUGCAAGCUUUAGUUGGCACUGUAUGACAAAACUCUGAGAAUGCAAGCCUGGAUUCCAGGAAGCUCAGGUCCAUACAUAGAUGUACUUAGAUGGUACAGUGUCACAGGAUCAUGUCAUCCUUGAAAUGUGAGCAAAGUGCCAUGGAAUAUAUUGAGAAGGGAAGAAAUAAUGGCUUUUUGCUUGAGGGUUCACUUAGGAAGUGUCAUACUAAUUGGAACUUGAUAUAUGGGUUUGAGUCAGUAAAAAGAAGGGACUGGGGAUUGGUAGCUCAACCAAGGUUAAAUAAAGCAAAUGCCUAAUAUUUAUGAAGCCGAUUGGUUAGUUCCCAACAAUGAAAAAGAGUCAAAGAGGAAGUGGGGUGGGAUGGUAUGAUAACACAAGACCACGAAGUUCCAAUAAAGUAAACUUCUGGGAAACACAGUAUGUUGAUUAUGCCUGUAACAAAUAUUAGGACCAAAUCAAGAUGAGCUUUUGGGGUUGAAGAGAUUUCUCCGUAGUUAGGUGCACUUACUAAUCUUGCAAAGAUCCCUAACAUCUUAGCUCCUACCUAAACAACUUAGAGCAAGCUACAACUCCAACUCUGGAAGACAGGGUAUUCUCUUCUGGUGUGUGUGAAUACCUGUACUGUCCUGCAAGGCAGCCUACUGUAUACACAUAUGCACAUAAUUAAAACAAUCAUUAAAAGCAGGGUCAUUAAGCCAUGUAUUUUUGUUUUUGCUUUUGUCCUAAGUUCUUGGGAAAUAUUGGCCAGAGUGUCGGGAGUUCAAAGCCAGCCUUGCGUAUCUCACAAGUUUAAAACCACCUUGGGGUGGUUGAACCCAGAAACUUCUCUUAGAAAACAAAGCAAACAAAAACCGGCAUUAUAAAUAUGUCUUUCUAGGUUGCUUAGAAUUGUACUGUAUAUGAUAUGUACAGUGGGAUAUAAAGAUAAUUUGGAAGAAGAAUAUUUGACGGUCCUAUAUGAGACAUUACUAGUGAAUUAAAGUUGAUUGGGUUCUGGCGGCAUCAUGAAUGACUCUCAAACAUCAUUGGCUUACAGCAGAUUUAUUCCUUUCUCAGUUAUAAAUCCAGGUGAAGAUUGUAGGUUGAUGUCAAGGUGACACAUGAUUGGACAGUAGAGAGUGGGAUUUGGACAAAGUUUUUGUAAGGUGGGAGAGAGGAGAAAGGAAGGAGAUCAAGAUGGAGUCUAUGGAGGAGGAUGGUUCAGAUGUAGGUGAACUAGAUCGAUUUUAUCUUGUCUAGGUGGGCAGUUUAUAUAUUUAUCAAUUGGCAGUGAACUUAUUAUCUAGAUGAAUUGUGAAGUGAGAAUUUAACUUAUAAAUCUAAUUGCUAAAUUAUAAGUUUGUGGAACUUUGAUUUUACCGGGCUAAAGAGGACAGUGUGUGAAAGAAAUGGCUGAGAGGCAAUUGGAGCAUGCGGAUGUAACUCUGUUGCCUGGUGGAUUGAAAAUGCGCAGGAUCCUCAGAACAAGGUGUGUGUGUGUGUGUGUGUGUGUGUGUGUGUGUGUGUGUGUGUGUGUGUGUGUGUUUGUGUGUGCCAGGCAUGGUAACUACUGCCAAGGGGGACUGCGUGGAGAGAGCGGCUAAAAGGGAGACAGUCAGGAGAGGGCGGCUUGCAGACCGUGUGGCAGAGUAGCCGCCAGAGUGAGCAGAUAUGUCUUGAGGGAACUGAUAGCAAACGAGCAGACCAUCUUUUAAUUUUUACCACAACAAAGACUUAAUAGAAAACUUUGCUCCUCCUUCAUGUGAGUUCAGGCUGCUGCUUCCACUCGACAUGGCAAAUGGUUUAAGGUUUCUACAAGCUUGAGAGUAGAAGAUACUAAUUUCGUUUUUCUUCAUCCUCUCUUGGGGAAAUUUUGUGACUGUGCCUAGAGGGAUUAGGAGACUCCAACCCUAUAGUGUCCUAUAAUUGUCUCAAAGUUAGAAGUAGGCGAGCAUCUCUUUUAACUGUGAUGACAACUUUGGAAGGAGGUGGACGAGAGAAUCUGGGACGACUACAGAGACAUUUCUUGUUAAUGGGUUUACUUUUGCAGCCUAAUCUUCAGUCUUGACAAAGGCUACCCAUCCUUCCUGUCUCUUCUUCCCACAAGUUUUUCCUGACCUUUAGUGGCAAAGUUAGAUGUUCUCAGUGAUGAGGUAGUAGGUGGUCAGUUAUAGGUUCUCCAUAGGGGGAAAAAUCCAUACCCCUGUUGGUAUUCUUGUGAAAUUCCUUUGUAUAACAACAAAAAAAAGAGUCAAACAUCAAGGGAGUCCGUAUUAGACCCCAUACAUAGCAUGACAUCCUCACCAAACAGACAAAACAAAACAAAUAUUGCCGAGGGCACAGAUAUUAGUGUAACAUAGUAAAAUAAUUAGUAUGGGAUGAUUUAACAUAUUAUAAUUUUUGUUUUAAAUAUUGUAUAUGAAAUUACAAGUGUCUCAUUUAAAACUUAAUAAUGGCCACAGUAUCAAGCUUAUACAAAGCUGGAAAAUUCACCAGGAAUGGUAUCACUCCCACCUUCUGCUGGGAUUUUGAUUCUCACUAUCACCUCAUUCCACUUCCUGUUUGUCCUGUUGUGGAGUGGCUUCCCCAAGCUUUGCUGAAUUAUUAAUUUAUUUACUUGUAUUGUCUGUUAGAGUAUAAUUCACCAAAGAAAAGGGCAUAGUUUCAUGGGUUUACUUAGUAUGGCGUUUGCAGCCUAGAAUAAAUCCAGCAGGUGUCAUCUGAGGUAGAUUAAAAAUACAGUUUCAUAAAAUAAGCAGAUCAGUGGUUUUCUUCAUCCCUUUAUGCUUAUUUCUAGGGAACCAAGUCAUUCUGUUUCACAAAGAAAGAGACACUCAUGACAAUUAUGUCUCUGUGAAUCUCACCUUGCACACAUUCUCAGCUAUUAAAAUCAGAAUGUCUUAGCGGCUGGCUUUGUGCCUUUGGGUGAAUGCCAGUUUCUGUGAAAAACAUCUCAGGUUCAAUGUCCAUUCAAGACAUGGAGCGGAGCUUUUGAACAUUCUCUUGUACUUUUGCAGUCUUAUUUUGUGAAUUUAUUAUUGUGUGAAUAACCUAAGUACAACCACUUAAGUUUAUUUUUGUUAAGUCUAUCAGUUGAAGCAUGUUACUGUGGGCAGCCAUUGUGUCCUAUGCCCCAUUUGUGUCCCUUUCAGAUAGUGCAGCAUUGGGUAUAGGUUAGCAACUGAAGAUGUUCGAAAGCUAGAACUGACUGUUUUGCUUUGAACCCACCACCACCCUAAAGAUUCUUAUAUCAUUGUCUAAAGCAUCAAGUAGAUCAUCCGUAUUGUCAUUUUAAUGAGUUAGCUGGAUCUGUGCACUAGCAACACUUUAAUCCUGCUUUGAAAUCAGUAUAUGGAAAUCUCAUUGUCGGCUGGGAUAUUUUAGUUUUAUUAAAACUCAAGAUCCUGACAUUGUUUUACAAAUGUCUUUAUAGGGUACAUUCAGCUGACAGACCAUUUCCAGGACGAUGGCAUAUUCUCUCCUAGAGUAAGAGCAUGUUGUGUAAUAUAUUGCAGACCCUCAAUGUACCUAGAUGAUUAAAAUAGUUACAUAAAUUGUUUACAUGUCAGCUUUCUUUGGCAACCCGAUGUAAUUUGACAAAUGAGACUCCCCAUUGGCAAUUACAUUUCCUUAACAACAUUUGGGUGAAUGUACAUAAAAGGUAAUGAUAGCUUCGACCAGCCCCCUGCCCUGCACUGUGUCACGGCCCCAGAUAAUGAUAGUGUCUGACACUUAUUACUCAAGUCAUAUAUUACUGAAAGCAGAGGUCUCUGCAAAGUCUUUUCCUAACCGUUACUGUCUCAAGCUGGGGAGAGUCAAAGACUUUAUCCCCACCAUUUUCUAUAGGUGUUAUACACGUUUAUGUAAAGUUCCAAAUUUGGUGGAUCUGGAAUUAUUAAGUAGUAAAUAUGGAACACAAUAUUUUCCUUUUCUCACCAGGAUACUGCUGUAGUGGAGUUUCUUGUCGCCUGUCUGAGAACCCCUAUGUCGGCAACAGCCGUGUGUGAUUUACUCAGGAGCAAGUAUAUUGGGCUCAGGGUUAAGGGUCAGGAAGAUGUUUAAAAAUCACUUCCAUAGUUCAUUUUAUCUAAACAAUAAAAAGAAAAACACUGAUUUGCAAUUUCAUCCCCUGUUGAACAUGUUUGGUCUUCAGAAUCUGCCAGGUAGAAUCCAGUUGCACUGUAGCAUUAAGACAUGCUUAUUAACAAGGGAAUCUGGGGCAGAAUGCUCAUCUCUUGGCAGGACAUGCAGGUGUGUAUGUGUGCAUGUGUGCAUAUCUGUACAAGUUUAUGGAUUCCUGAAUGAAGGACACACUGUUUUUUUGUAAUCCUAACACAUGUUAAUAUACUUUCAAUCUGCUGAUUAACCCUCUUCCUUAGGAGUAUGUGUGUACUCAUAAGAUAUUUUCAUUCACCCUCCCACUUCUCAAAUUCACUCCAGUAUUUGUAAAUGUCAGGGUCCAAUUAGGAGUCAGAAACCAUACAGUUACUUAAGACAAAUGUUAUAUAAAAUAAUUAAUUAUAAGAGAAGUAAAAACUGGGACUGGUUUAUAAACAUAAAAUGUCAUAAAGCACAAGUCAUAGUGAUUAUUGGAGAAACUCCUUCCUCCUCUUCCCAGAGCUGAGGUACAUACUUCCCCUUCCAGUGGGUACAGUUGCUGAAAUUUGCUCCUUUUCUUUUAAAAAGUUAUUUUUUAUAUCAUUCUAUUCUUAGGGAGUUUUUAAUUACUUCAAAGACAAUAUAAUAGCCCAUGAAGAGCUAGCCAGCAGCUCAGAGUAGAAGUAGACACUCUCCUUCAGAGUUAUUACUCACACUUAUCUGAACAUGACGUACUUGUCUUUGAGCAGACAUAUCUCUGUGGGCCAUUUCUUCUCAAUACUGGUGUUGAGCAACCGAGGCAGUCAGGUCCUGCGUUUGGACCUGAAGCUGAUGUUGGAAGGAUGAACAGUAGGGAGUCAAGGUUUUCUUGAGGAUUAAGCUCACAGGAACGUAGUUAGGUGUAGGGUUUCUGUGACUUCUGGGUCUGGAUCAAGCUCUGGGCUAAAAUGUUUCCUCUCCUGAGUGUGAGCUUGUUGAUUACUUCAAGAGUGUGGUCAGUGCAGAAUGAAAUUAGUGCUUUAGGGGAUGUCGACCCAGAAACCGGGAAGGGGAAUAACAAUCGAAAUGUAAAUAAGAAAUACUCAAAUUAAUAAAGAUGAAAAAAAAGAAUAUCCAGAAAGACACAGCAACUGAAAAAUAAUACUAUUUUCUUUCUAGAUUACCUUAAAUAAACGCAUUACUUUAUAUUAUUUUUAUACUCUCAAAAUCUAUUGUUUAAUGCUGUAUAGUAAUUUCUUAAAUAAACAUUCUCUAUCCUGGAAUAGAUUAUCAAGGACUUAGAACCUGACCAAAAAUUAAAAAUGGGGUUGGAUUAAAGCAAAAUAAUUAUUUUUCAUGCAUAUUUUUCCAAGAAAUUAUUUUCCAGUUGUAUUAUUGUUACUACAUAUACUUGGAAAAUGGCAAAAAAAUAUUAAAUGAACAGCUUACGGUAAAACUAACCACUAAGCCAAGAUUAUACACUUUUAUAGUAACUUGGACCUAUAAUUUACAUAUGUUUGAAGUUGUGGAUAACUGAAAUGUAUAUAAAGUUAAUUUUUUCUGAGAUCUCUUGUUGAGCAUUAGACUCUGCUUUGCCCCUAAAAUAUUUUCUUAUCAGUAAAUUUCCAUCCAGUAAAAUUGUGAGGUUCUAGGAGGUUCUUUGGUGCAUGGCAAAGAAAAAAACUUGUUUUUGUUGAGAGGCAGUAAUCACCUUGUAAGAAGCCACACGCCUCACUCAUGAGCUAUCGCUUGGCUGAAGAGGGUUGUAUGAAAUGUUGCUACUCAAAUGACUUAUCCCAAUAAGGCCAACUAAUGUGAUCCUUGGUUAGAUUCUAAAGAUCAGUACAUUUUAAACUUGUAAGACUUCAGGUACCAGAAUGAGGCGCUUACUGGUGUUAACAUCCAAGAUUCUUCAUUUUAGAAUAAUGAAAAGAAGGUAAUGAUGGUGGCAUUUGUGAAACAAUAUUUUUAUGGUACCUUUUUUCAUAGACUAUUAUUAUAACUUCUCAGCCUGUGUAAAAUACAGUGUGGUUAACAAUGAGAUUUUUUUUUGGUAUACAUAUUUUACAGUUAAAUCUUUCAGCUCUUUCCACCUUACUGCUUCUUCCACCAAUGAUAUAGAAAUAACUUUUCUCUAUAUCUAAAUCUUAUGACAAAUGUGCUGAGUCUUUCGUAUGUGUGUCUUCUCUCUCUUUCUCUAAAUGUGUUCACAUUCUCUGUAUGCUGGAAAAAGUUAACUAUAGCAUAAAUAUGACUAAUAUUAUCUAGCAAUGGGAGAAGCUUCUGUCAUUUUGAGCAUUCCAUACUAAAAUUUUGCUGUGGUUUGUCAUAUACACAUAAAGUCCAAGCAUGUGAUUUUUAAGAAAUGCUCACUUUAGAAAAUAUAAUAAUCACACAAAUCAUAGCUGAGCAGGCAUCUAAACAAAUUUGUGAUUCUCACAGCAGGUUUUUUGUUUGUUUGUUUUUUUGGUCAUGGACAGAUGUUUUUAUUUAACUUUUAAGUUUUCCCUCAUAAACUUUGUAAUCCACUGUAGGAUCUUAAUAAAUUCAAGAUCUCAUAACCUUCCAUGCAAAGAACCCACAUACUAUGAACAUCCCAUCUUGCUAUGCCUGUGUGACUGUGUUCUACCAUAUAGACCUAGGAAGUACCCUAGUUACUCUGCUCAUUCACUUCUGAGCACACACACAAUGCCAACUAUGUGGCCAACCUGUGAUCGCACACCAACUUGAAGGAAAAUACAAUCUGUAUGCUUUUCCCCCAAGGAACUUACAGUCAGUACAAAGGACAAAAUUUUAAUUUUGCAAAUUGCAAUACUAAGUGGAAAAUAUUAAUGACUACUUAAUAAGAAACAGGAUACCAGUGUUUAAUGUCUGCACUUGGUUUUCAAUUCUCUGGCUGAUCCUGAGUCAUGUACUUAAUAGAUAUUUUUUGUUUCUAUAUUAUAUCACAUCCAUGGUAGGAGAGUGAAUAUUUUUGACAAGAUCCUCUAGGAAGUUUGGAGUAACAAGACCAGGUUUACCUGUAACGCCUUCAUGGAAGAUUUAAAGAUACAGAAUGUAACUAUAAAAUAUGGGCACCACAUUGCCAAGCAUUGUAGUACACACCUUUAAUCCCAGCCUAUUGUACAUGGUAAGUAAGUUGUAGGUCUUUAUACCCAGGGCUCUGAAGAGAGACCCUGUCUCAAAUAUCAAAAACAAACAAACAAACAAACAACAACUAAGAACAUAGCCAUCUCAGGCAGCGACAGGCUGCAUCAUUUGUGAGAGAAAAAUUAAGCUAAAAAUAUUUGUUUCAGAAAGUUUUCCAAAACAUAGUGUAUUAAUGAGCAUCACAUCUCAUUAUGGGCUUAUUCACCAUUAUUAUGAAGUAUUUUUCAAACAUGACUUAAUUUUGUAAUGUGCUAUACAAUAUAUAAAUGUGCUUUUGUUUUUAUAAUGAUUAUAAUGAAAUAAGAGAACUAUUAAUAUGUGAAACAUAUGUUUAAUCGUAAACAGAGUUUUCCCAUUUAGAUGGUCUCUUAAUUAUACUCAGAUUGCAUUUAUUCUGCUUUGUUGGUUACUCAUGCCAGGGAGAAAACUCCUUCGAGUGAACCAUGUAAAGUUUCUAAAACAAAAAAGACUCAGCACAUUUGUCAUAGGAUUUAGAUAUAGCAAAAGGUUAUUUCUAUAUUGUUGGUGGAAGAAGCAGUGAGGGAGAGUUAUUUUAGUCAUUCAUUCAUUAACAUAAUUUAGCUAAUAACCUACUGCUUUAUAUGUGACAGCUUAAAUUCAAAUACUUUUUAAAACUUCGUUUUAAUGUUUAGCGGCCAGUAGAAUUUUCUGCUGCAGGUUUCCUACCAUUGACCAUGAGUUUCCAGGGAAAUACUAAUAUGCCUUGCCUCCAACAAGUUAUAUUCUCUUGUGUAGUACUGAUCAUGUGAUCCAUGAUGCAUAUGUGUGUAUGUGUGUAUACAUGUAUACACACACACACACACACACAUAUAUAUAUAUAUGCAAGUAAGAGCAAAAGUAUUUCUACUAAUGAAUAAUAUGUAGCCUAAUAGGAUUUUGUUGUUGAGAAUUAGUGAUGUAUUAAAAAGCAACAAGAAUGCUAAGUGAAUCCUAUCUAAUAAAGGUGCACACUUCUAUUUUAUUGUAAUAUUACUUAUUUCUUUUCUUGUAAGUGUUAGGAGGAAUACAGCAUAUGACUUUCAAUACAGAGAUGAAGUCUAUAUAUCUCAUGGAGGUUCAAAUUUAAAAGCGAGUGUAAGACAAAUUAGGAAUCUCUCUAACGCUCUCUCUCUCUCUCUCUCUCUCUCUCUCUCUCUGUAUGUGUGUGUGUGUGUGUGUGUGUGUGUAGGUGUGCGUGCGUGUGUGUGUGUGGUAUUAUAUUGAAAUAAGCCGUAGAGUAAAAUAAAACAGAUGAAAGGACAGAAAAGGUGUGGAACAAAGAUCUCAUUUUUAAGACUCUGAAAGCAUCAUUGGAAAGUAGACUAUAGUUAAGGCCUGAGGAAGUUAGACCAUUGUCUAACUAGGGACUAGAGAUGUUCUUAAGUGGGGAACCCUUGCAGAGAAACUUCAGGGGCAUAAUCUAAGAAAAGAGCACACUUGGUUUUCUAUAGGAAUAGUCUGUCUGUAUAAACUACACGCAACAGGUCCCUGGCAGACAAGUAAUGUGGGUGGGAUAAAUACCCUUUCUCUGAAUGGGAUGGGUGGUCGCUAGGAGACAAACACAAGUAUGACAUGCUUUGAGAGCACUUCAACAACACUGCCUGUUGCACUAAUAGUGGACUGAGAGUGGAAGCAGUAAUCAUAUAAGAGUUUUCUUCAAAAGAAAGGCAUAAAUUCUGAGAAGGUAGUAGGAAGUGUUGAGUAGUAAUGAGCUAUACAGUUUGCUGAUUGAUCAGAUGUACAAGAAGGAAGACACGGUUUUGUUUGUUUUGUUUUAAACUGAGCAUUUGGAAGAGGGGUCUUCCCAUUUCCGAGACAGAGGAGAUGUGGAACAGGCUAGAAGGAAAUGGAGAGUUGGAUUUGGUUUUGGUUAUGUCUAAGACUUUCAUUAUUCACCUCUCUGUGUGGAGAUAUCAGUGUAGAGUGGUGAGGGCACAAAGUGAGGAUUAACAUUCAAAAUGUUCUGAAUUUACAAAGUGAUCUCGUCUGGAAGCUGCAUUUAGACAAAGGUAAGCUCUGAUAUAGGCAGAAAGAUGGGAAUCCAGGAGAGUGCGUGGUAUAACUACCUAAGAGGCAUGAGAUCAGUAGAACAUCAUAUUACUGAGGCCAGGGAAAAACAUAUUCAGGAAGGCUGACUUGUACAGCCAAAGUAUAAGCUCUUAUUUUCUAGCUAGUUUGAGAAUAUAGGUGGGAAGAAUUAGAUGUUAAUUUUUAAUAAUAACAUAGUCAAUCUUUUGGAAAAUUCAAGAAAAAAAACCUGUAUAUCAAUAUGAUCUUGCAGAGUUGACAUAUAUUAUAGUAUUGGCUGAUAGAAAAACUCACCACUGCUUACCUAUUUCUAUCAGGUACUGUGACAGACACUGUAGAAGGCAGUGUUUUGCUUACUGGUUUACGUUAGACAUGGGGGAAGCCUAAGUAUUGUUACUGAUGACCAGAAUCACUCCUCAUAAAACAAAUAUUUGUGGUAGGAAAAUCAAUUAAAGAACCAGUGUUGGUACAAGAUGGUGAGUGAUUUGUUUAUGAAUGGGUAAGGAAUUUAGGGUGUCCACAUCAAGCACACAAAAUCUGUUUGUUUAUUUAUUCAAUUAUGUUUUAACUUUUCAUAGGUACUUUGUGAAUUUUAUAUCAUGCAUCCCAAUUCCACUCUUUUCCCUCUCCGCUCAUACCCUUCUUCUACCCUUGCAAUCCCCCCGAAAGAGAGAGAGAGAGAGACAGAGAGAGAGAGAUCUUAUUGUUGAUGCUGUAAUGAGUCACAAGUCACAGUGUGUUCCAAAACAUACUAUUUUGUCCACACUUCUCUGCUUGCAAAUGUUCAUUGCAAUGAGUUAUUGUUCUGACAUAAGGCCUCUGGGUUCUGUUACACUGUCAAUAGUGGAACUUCACUGGGAUCCCUCUCAGAUUCCAUGCUGUUACCCUUUGCAUGAUGAUCUUGUGGUUUUGGCUCUGCAGGAUCAGACUCUUCACAUACUCCAGUAGUUCACUGGUAGGGAGGAUGCUGGGGUGGACCAAUUCACAGCCAUGCAUCUGGGUCCAAAUGGUUUCUUUUUUUUUAAAUUUUUUAUUAGAUAUAUUUCAUUACUUACAUUUCAAAGGUUAUUUCCCUUCCCAGUUUCCUGUCCAUAAGCCCCUAUUCCCUCCUCUCCCCCUCCCCAGUACAGGUAUCCCCCUAUACUUUCCCCUUAUUGUCCCCCAUAUUCCCCUGGACUGGGGGGUCCAACCUUGGCAGGACCAAGGGCUUCCCCUUCCCUGGUGCCCCAACAAUGCUAUUCUCUGCUACAUAUGCAGUUGAAGCCCUGGGUCAGUCCAUGUAUAGUCUUGGGUUGUUUAGUCUCUGGAAGCUCUGGUUGGUUGGCAUUGAUGUUUAUAUGGGAUUGCAAGCUCCUUCAACUCUUUCAAUAUUUGCACUAAUUCCCCCCAAAGUUGUCCUAUUUUCAGUUUGGUUGGCUUUAUGUUUUAAUGCCUGUGAAGACGUUGGGUAUAUCCUAUGAUUUAUGUUAAAUGAGAUAUUUUUAAUGAAAUUGCAUCACACAGAAAUGCUAAGAACUUUUCAGUAAUAAUGUAACAGUUUCAAAAGAAAGACAGUGUGGUGUUAAAGUGAAUCAUACGAUUCUCAGUGUGAGUGCCAGAGAAUUGCACAUUUACUGUGUUAAAUUGCCACAAGUGGCAAUUAUAUUUGAAAAUAACAAAUAAAUUUUAAAAGAGACAUUGUUUUACAGAGAUACAUUUAAAAUUUCUCAAUAGAGAUGUAGGAAAUGAAAAUAUGCCAAAAUAUUUCAGGUAAACUAUAUGUAAAGAAAAAGAAAAAAGAGCAUUAUGUAAACUGAUCAUUGUUUACAGGUCAAAGGGGAGGCUUGAGUUGAAAGAACUUCAGAGGAAGUGUAGUUAAACAUUUUUAUUUUUUCAAAAUCAUUAAGUGUUUAGAUUGGUUGGUUGUGAUGAGACUUAUUAAUUUUAGGUGUUAGGUUUUAUCAUCAGAAAUUACAGUAGAAUAUGAAGACAAAGAUAAACAAGUUAUAUUUACUUUAAAUUGGACAGUUAAAAUGUGAUGAAAUCUAGAGUAAUCAAGGGUUUCUGAGCUGGUCCCACACUCACACCACUGGGGCAAAUGCUCCUUCCCUGUCCUGGCUGGCCCAUCCAAUGCCUCUGCAAAGGAGACCAGAGCCAGCUAUCCUGCUCGCAUGCCCUCAGGGCCAGUUCUGCUGUGCUGCCAAUGCAAGUUACAGGGCCCACUCACCAGAGUGUGGCAGUAGGUUAGGGGCAGGACUAACUCUCCUGCCUGCCAUCAGUGACAAGGAACUAAAAGGGGGAAGUGUAUACCUCCCUUGCCAUGUUGCCUGAUGACAGGCAAGUGACAGGCCACCUUUCCCAAGCUCACGCUCUCCUGGAUGACUCCCAUGCAGCCCGGCUACCAGAGUCAUUUCUACUCUGCUGUUCAAGUGAGGUAAAGGACACGCUCCCCUGAGUGCUGCAGCUGGGGGGGGGCAGAUACAGCCCUCCUGCUCUCAUGACCUCAGGACCAGGUUUCCCACUUGCCAUUGGUGGUGACAUGGGAGCAGGGAGGAGGAUAUCUCUCUCUCUUUUCAUGAAGCCGCCUGAGUGAGUGGCAGGGACAGCUCUCCCACACUCAUACUCUUGGGGCCAUGCUAUCUGCAAUUCCACAGACUCUAAUUUUAAGACCUUACCAAACCUAUCCCAGAGGCAGGCAUCUAACACUGACACCAGAUUUCCCUAUUUCUUAUGAGGAUUUGAUUAUGUUCUUUGCUUCUGAGUUAGGUCUGGGUCUCCAGAUGGGUGUCAGCACUUGUGCUCCAGGCUCGUCUCUAGUUUGGCAGCAGUCACCUUCUCCUCUGCUGACCCAUACUCAGGUUUAUGCUUAGACACCUCCACAUAUAGAGCUUCCUAUGCUGCAUUUUGUAGCUGCUUGAACUGCAGGUUAGCAGUAAGCAGACACAAUUCCUUUAGAGAACUUAAAGCUAGCUAUGAUGAGAACAGCUUCAUUGCUUCUCCAGAAGCAAGUCAUUUCAGUGUUUCACCCACUUACCCAUGAGGACUCUGAAAGGAGGAGUAAACAUCCCCAGGCAGACAGUAACCCUGGUGCCCUGCUGUUUUGGAUCAAAACAUCAAAAUUAACGAAGUUAUGAAGCAUGCCAUUGUUUCCACAGAUUUUAUACUCAAUAGCUCGCAGGUCUUAUGCAAAUGAAUUGGAUGGGAAUUUCCAUAUGUAUUCUUUUAACCUACACAGCAUUUAUUUGCUGUAGAUAAAAUAAAAAAAGCCUACAUACUGUCAAAGCGGUAUAACAAUGAAAGAUUGCCUUUCAUUAUUUCCUUAAAUGAACAGAGCAAAACAAUUUAUUUGCUUCUCUAAAGUAAUAUUUGCCUUUGAAUAUAGGAGCUCACUUACAAGUAUGUCAAUUAACAAACCAAGUUCCUAUGACUUAUUAUUUGCCUACCUCAUGCUAGGCUGUGACAGUAAGAGAAAAGCAACAGCAAUUUGUGAAAGAGUCAUGGCUGGAGUGUACUCAUUGCUGCUGAAUAGAUUAAAGGGCAAACAUUGCAAGGAAGCUGGUUUUGAUGCCCUCAGCCUUCUUGUACAAAGAAGAUGAGAUGGAGUCAGAUUAGUUUGCUGUUGCUGUUGCUGUCGCUGUUGCUGCUGCUGCUGCUUCUGUUGUUGUUGUUGUUGACAAACUAAGGCAAAAAACACUGGAUAGACCUUGUUCUGCAGUGACCGUCAAAAUAUCUGGUUUAGGGUCAAGGAGCUUGACAUUCACUUUGUCAGAUGAGGCCUAUCAAAGAGACAGUUGUGUCUUUGAAUGUCCCUCUUCUCCUUCAGUGGUACACUUGAGAUGGCUGGUUUCACCUUUUUCUUUUGGUAGCUGCUGUUUUUCUUUCUUUUUUAUUGCAUUAUUAUUCAUAAACAGUGUAACUGUUAUGACAGGGAAUCUAGAGGGAAAAAGGAGGGAGCUGAACCUUUUCUUUUUAUAGACAUAUAGUUUUGAAAUGUUUACCAAGAAGUCUGACUUCCUGGUUGUCUGUUUUGAGGAAGAAUUAUUAGUUCAGAAGGAACCUGUAAUUCUUUAACAAUAAUAUUAGGGCUCACAGGGUAGGGGUAGUUGUCAAACAGACAGUAUCCAAGUUUACUGAGUUUAGAGGCCAAGUCAAGAAGAGUAAAUACUGAGUUUAAAUAUUUUGACAUCUCACAGGAACUUUCAUGAAGCUGAAAUGUUUAGUAAAGCUACCUCAGGAAAGGAGUAAGGAUAGAGUAAGGACACUCAAAAGAUAACAGUGGGGAAAAGAAGAUCAGAUCAUAAACUCAAACACCAACGAACAAAAAGAAGGCAUUCAGUGUUAUUUCUUAGGGAUCUAUAGGUUCAAAGAUAUUGAACAUGAAGGAUCUAGGAUCUUAUGUGCAUUCUGUAAUGGCAGCAAAAAUAGGAAUGUUCUGGCAUAUGGUACCCCAUUUUAGUCACAACUCAUUCACACUUUAAAAAUAUGCACAAAUUCAUUGUACAUACAUGUUAAGGUCAAGAAUAUGUGCAAUAUUUCAUAUUACUGGAAGUCUUUCAUGACACUCAUUAGGUAGAUGAUCCUGGUACCAAUGCAGUCUUAUGAUAUCUGUGUGUGAAUAAGAGACAAACUGAGAAAUCAGAGGGAAAACUCUGGUUUCUUUCUUAUUCCACCUCAUUGACUUUCAAGAGCUACUUUCUAGGCAUCUUAUACUGAUUGUCCAGGCUCUGUCCUAGUCUGUGCAAAUAUAUGUGAUCAAAGAGAUCAAGAUGCAUAGUUACAGAUAGUCAAAGCCUUGUCUGCUUAUUACCGUUCAUAUAGAUAUCGUGCUCAUUCAAGAUUUCCAUGGGACACAUGCCCCACUAUGUACAUAGCAGCCUUAUUUAUAAUAGCCAGAAGCUGGAAAGAACCCAGAUGCCCUUCGACAGAGGAAUGGAUACAGAAAAUGUGGUACUUUUGCACAAUGGAGUAUUGUUCAGCUAUUAAAAACAAUGACUUCAUGAAAUUUAUAGGCAAAUGGAUGGAACUAGAAAAUAUCAUCUGGAGUGAGGUAACCCAAUCAAAAAAAAAAAAAGAUUUCCAUGGAACAUUCCUUCCAAUGGUUAGGGUUAGGGUUAGGGUUAGGGUUAGGGUUAGGGUUAGGGUUAGGGUUAGGGUUAGGGUUAGGGUUAGGGUUAGGGUUAGGGUUAUCUCCUCUGUUUGCUGUAAAUCCUAUGCAAAUCACAACACUGUUUUAUCUCUUUUCUAUAAGAUCUACAUAGAAUGUUUGAACAACACAUUAGACUACUUUCCUAGAGACUAAAAUAAAACCAUGGCCCACUGAGACCCCAGCAAUCUCACAGAGAAGAAAAGGACUUAAAAUUAAACUCAAAAUAGUAUACUGUUCAUAAUAGAGUAAUUUAUAUGCAAAACGCCUCAACCAAGUAAAGUUCCAGGAAUCUACUUUGUUAAUGUCUCAUAUUUUUUCAAUCUAUUAGGUUAGGAAGAGAACCUUUGACUUAUCUUAAAAGGUAGAUUAUGCAAAUGAUCAACAAUUUACAUGCCUGUAUUCUUAAAAGCAGUGAUUAUCAUGCCUAUCUACAUGACAGAGUACCUAUAGAAAGCACACUUUCUAGUCCACACAUAUAUGAGUUCAUUGUUUUGUACAUUUUAAACAUUCAAAUUCUUCCAUUGCCAAAAAACCCCAGUGCUAUUAGCUGUGCUUAUCUCUAUAUAUAUUUUUUACAUCGCUGGAGUUCAGUUAUGCAUUAUUAGAGACAAACAAUGCACAACUACUUCCUUAUACUUGUAGAAAGUCUCACCCAUUUAACGUUUCUGGAUUUAAAAAUGUGUUUAAAGAAAAUGUAGUAGACCGAAAAGUGGAGAUCGUGCACCACCGAAAUAUCUGCUCUACCAUUUCUCUAAUUUGGGUCAUGGGGCUCUCAUCUAUUCUGAGGAUGUUUCAGAUUGUUGUAAAUUUUAGCUGCAAAUUUUAUUUUUUUAAAGUGAAAUCUGUGCCAGAUGUCUAAAGAACUAAGAAACACAUAAUCUGAGCAAAAUCAUGUUUUACAUAAGAUAAAUGGAACAGGGUAUAAAGUAACUAAGCCCGUUAUGUCCUUUUUCAUGAUUGAUUUUUAUUGUAUUGAAAUCAAGAUCAGGGUCUGGAGAGAUGGCUCAGUGGUUGAGAGCAAUGUCUGCCCUUCCAGAGAUCCUGAGUUCAAUCCCCAGCAAUAACAUGAUGGCUCGUAGCCAUCUAUCAUGUGAUUUGAAGUUCUCUUCUGGCAUGCAUGUUUACAUGCAGAGAGGAAACUCAUAUAGAUUAAAUAAAUAAAUAAAUAAACAAACAAAUAUGUUUAACAACAAAAUCUAAGUCAAGAUCUACUGUGCUUUAAAGUAGCUGGGUAGAUAGACUAACAGUGAGAAUCCUGUGGAAAUCUGCCUUUUUAUAUGAAGACAAGUGAUCUUUACGAUGCCAAAAAACAAGGUGGUUUGUUUGUUUGUUUGCUUUUAAUCUGAUGCUCUCUCUCUUUUUUUACUCCCACUUACUUUGGCAGAUCCUUUUUAUGAAGCCAGAUUAGCCUCAAAUGCUUUUGCCUCCCUAGGGCUGGGAAUACUGGCAUGUGCCUCCAUACACAGCUAUGACUUUGUCUUUAUAGCAUUAGAUCCAGUCAUAAUCAUUAGAGUUACGGUUAAUCAUAAAGUUGCACAUCUAUAUUGACUUAGGAUGUAAAACUACUAUAAAAUGUAAAUAUGCAAAGUAAAGUGGUCCUGAGAGCACGAUUUGCCAAGACUCCACAGAGCACACCAGGACACGUGCACAGAAACUGACAAGAGAGCCAGAUACUUGCUGCUGCUUCCCACUACAACCAGGGAAACAGCACAGUAGCAACCAGGGGACCUUGCCAAAUUUGAUUUGCUUAUUUGAAUUGACUUGUGAUUUCUCUAUUCUCAACUGGAAAUCUUAGUGGUUGUCUAAAUUGUGAUGGAAACAAAUCUGCUUAUGCUAACUAAAAAUAGAAAUGAUUUUGGCCUGGGAAAGAACACUGCCUCACAGUUCCCAUCCUUUUCCAGGCUGUCUAUGUGUCUGUUCAGGAGCUGUUGCUCCUUGUUUUCUUUCCUAGAUACUGGCAAAAAAAAAUCUUCUCAUUUCCCAAAUUUAAUCACAAACUCAUUUUAGUAAUGCAUACCCAGGACAUAUUUUCUCCUCCUUGCUCUUUAUCCAUUUGGCAUUAUGAGGGCCUAAAAUGUAGAGACAUAAAGUCAAUUUUUUAUCGCUUUCUUCAUCACCUAGCAAUAGACUGAAUAAAUGAAUGGCUUUUCAUGAAAUAGCUCAUUUAUGCUGGUGAGAGGUAGAAGAAUGAGCCCAAUGGAUGAGUAAUUUGAUUGAAUAUGACAUUUAUGUUCUUAAGGAGUUUAAGUUUUUAGUGCAAACCAGUGGAUACCUUUGAAACAAAAGAAUCUGUCUUUCUUUACACCACUGAAAUAUACUCAUAAAUAACACACAUAAGCCUUGCACUGAAACUCUUCAGAGAUAAGUACCAUGGCAUGCAGAGUCAUGCCUUAUGAAUAUAGCUUGUCAUUUGGAGGAAAUUAACUUUAAUGUGGUCAUGAAGAUGACUUUAUAUUAGUUUAUUAUUAUGGAAGGAGGAAUGAAUCAUGUAGACUAUGUGAAUAAUAAUUGCUGAGUUUACAGCUGUGCUUUCCUGGUAUAUCAGAGAGAAACUCUUUAUGGAUGUAUUGAGGUGAAAUCUGAGGGCACGAGCCCAAACUGGUAAUGAGAGGGAAGGCUGUGAGGGCAUGGGAACUUUUGUAUGUCAUCCCAAGUCUGUUAAUGAAGAACUUGGCUAUGAUAUGUAUUUGUCAACAGGAAUGACCUAGUUGCUAAUUUAUGCUUUGCAUUAACUGUUUCAAAUUAAGGUUCCAGCUCAUAUUAAACUUAUAUAACAUGGCAGUGACAAUGGUGGCUUGAUCAAAGUCUCCAGUUUGCUUGACGCUUUAUCUCUUAGAGUUUACAGUUUCUGAUUUACAGUUUUCAAUUUUGAAUUGCCCACUGUUAUAAUUUAGGGAACUAGGCAAAACCCAAAUAAUAUAAAUUAUUGAAAGUUCCCAAAUGCAGAAAUAACCAACCAUUAUCUUUUGAUGUAAAAAAGGCCAAGUACCUUGCCUUGUGUCAGAGAGCCAAUGAAGGUAGAGUUGGGAUAUAGGACUAGAUAAUCUGACCUAGUAGAACUUUAUGUCACUUAACUCUGCUAGGAAAAGGGUUGUGUGUAUGAACACUGGCCUUAGUUCACCGGAUGGUUUAAUCAACUUCUGAAAUCAAGCACUAGUGUUAUGCAAUUGCUUUACGUCAUCAUCUGUACCACGGAGCACAAUGAUUCAAGUCUGAAAACAGACUGAUAUUCACAGAUCUAUUCUCCACACUUCAAAUCAAACAUAGAAGAACAAUUUUCAGCAUUUAGCUGGGGGAAAAUCAGAAAAACAGAACCUAAUUUGAAUUUUCUUUAAUGUUUACAUGCUACAAGUUUCUAUUUGUCUUGGAACUUUGCAUAUUUUCUUUUGAUUUUUUAUUCCCAUGCAUUUUUACUUGGGAAGAUUGGAGGACUCUAUUCACUAUGGAAAAUAUUUUAUGUGGUUUAACUGCAGUUGUCCUCAUGUACAUUUUUUUAGCAUAGAAGAGGAGACUGCCUUUAAUGGAGCCUCAAAGACAAUAAGUUACUUCUCACCUAGGACUGGUAGAAGAAGAAAGUGAUGCUAAGAUAUGUAGAAAGAUAUCAAGUGCCAAGCUAUAUCCUGAUGCAUCUCCUGUUAUGUAAUACACGUUCCUUCUCUUUAUAAGCAGAAGGUCAAACAGGGCCCUCCACCACACCUCACCAUAGAUUCCAGGGUACAUAGGAUAUUGGCAUUCAUUAAUUUGUUCAAUAAAUGUUUAUUGACCUUUUAGGAGAUUGAGCAUCAUUAAACUAAAACAAAACUUGGCUGUGACCUACCACACAUUUUCAUUUGGGUUUUUUUUUUUAAUAACUUUGUUUCCUCAGGUUCAUACCAGGAGAAAGUAUCAGAAUGCUUUUCUCUCCAUAGGCUCUCUAUGGAGCGUCUGUUAGCAACAGCUGAACUAGCAGCAGGCACAUAAUAAAUUUAAAUAGAUUCCUUUAUAUUUCUUUAUGUGCCUCUGUGAUCAAAUGAGUUCGUUCCAGAAUUCCUGGGUGCCUAAUAUAAUUAGGUCUCCCUCUGUCUCUCUUAACUUCUUGGCUUACUCUCUUACAUUACAUCACAGGAAUUGCAUCUUGUAUGUGGUUUUUAGAAUUUCCACUACCAAUGAUUAACAACUCUAGUAACACUACUACUGAAAAGAUUCUUCCUAGCUCAUUAGUUAAGGUAGCUAUUGUGUUUUUAAGUCAGUAUGAUAUCUCUGGAUGUCUUGCUGUUAAAUUUGCUUCUGAGUGUUGUCAGUCUAAGAAUGACUAGCAUCAUGUGCACUAUUGAUUGUCCUCUAACAAAUAGAAAGCUAACAGAAACAAUUGUUGGCCUAACAAAGAAGAGUGAACUAAUGUUGGCAGAGUAAUACUCUAAAUGGGGAUUCAUUAAUGUCUUUUAAAAAUAGAUCUACACAUUAAAUUCAUAACUCAAUUUCCUCAUUCAUCCACUGGUUGUAGUUUUAUUUUAUGAAGUAUGAGUUAUCUCAUGUAUGUUCAUCAGUUAUAAACCAAGUUCUUAGGUGCCCAUGAUUAUAAGACUAUUCAUGUAAGAGUAAAACUUUAUUGACUUGAAAACUAGAAAGAAAUAGUCUAUGUAAUUUCAAAUUAUGCUCACUUUGGAAGGAGAAAUUGGGAGUAUGUAUCUGCAUUCCUACUUAAGAAUUUAGUGUUCUUUAGGUGAAAUAUAUGGUAGCCUUCAUUUACCUAAUAGAUAGCAGUUCUAUAUGGUUUAACCAAAUAAGUGUAUAUACAAAUAGACUGAUAAAUAUUUUAUUUAUAAAACAUGAUUUCUGAAUAUUUUAUAAAUAUUUGAGCUCAUCUCUUUAGGUGCUAGUGUUCUAUAUUAUAUAGAGCAGUGAAACAACUUCAAUUCUUAUUACACACACAUAAAUAUGUGAAGUUGGUGUAUAUCUCAGAAUAUUUAUCUCUGUUUUCAUUUUUUGACUAAUUGUUGACCUGCCCAUUUUCAGAAAGUUCUUCAUAUUACAGUAACCUUUGAUUCAGAAGUGAGGAAGCAAGAAUAUGCCAAGACACUGUGUCAGUGGCCUGUGCACACAGAGGUGUGCUAUGUGUCAGUAGGAUAUAACUUUGGACAAAAGAGAAAAUCUAGAGUCAUUGACAGGGAGUAGGAGCCAUAACUUGUAGUGGGACUCUGAGAGUUAAAGGCUCUAAGUAGGAAUGUAACAGGGUGUCAGUGGGCAGAGAUCAAGGCUUGACAUUAAAAAAUACAGGAGUAAAAUAUCUCCGUAUAUGGGCUAACAUAAAAAUGCCCUAAAUUGUUCAUUCCUGUAAAGAAAAUAAAUGUAAAAUGAACAAUUAUCUCUUGACUCUUUGCGUCACAGUUGAGUUUGUGAUUAAGUAUAGGUAGGUUUGAUUUUUAAGGUGGUAUUUAUAUUGGGGACUAUAGUAUCUUAGGUUUUGGCAUUACCUAAGCAAAUGAUUCCGAUAUUCUUACUGGUCAUAAUAUUUUCUAUUUUAAACCUUUAGACAUUAUAAUUUAACUUUAAUAAUUCUACAGAUUCUAGCUAAUAUGGAUUGUUACUUCUGCUAUAUUUGGAUAACAGAUAGUAAUUAUACUGUCAAUAUUGGCAAAACUAUGUGUGAAAGCUAAGCCAGUGAAGCAGACAACAGACUACAGUACUUUCAUCCUUCAAGUUCAUGUUGCGUUUCUACUGGAUGAAAUAUUUUCCCCAGGGUAACAUGCAACAUGUUUGACUGCAACAGAUUUAUAUUUUGAAACUUAGUAGACAGAGGCCAGGGAGUUUGCUGCAUCUCUGACUCUAGUGAUGACUCUCAGGAAAGCACCUCUAAACAGACAUGAUUAGACUCAAACUAGUGUUUCAGUUGAGCUAGUUUAGGCUGGGACAGUUAUGGGUACAUGAGAGGAAACUAAUAUCCUGACAUACAUCAGAUAGAGGUACAUGAUCUGGGUACUCCAGUGUAAUGGUUUAACUUCAGCAGGGCAGUAGGCAAACUGACAUGGCAGAGGACUUUGCUUCACCAUCUUUACUCAGGUUUAGUUUAAAGUUAUGUCUUAGAAGGUAUUCAUGGAGCUAUGCUGCACUUUUAAUAGUCAUCCGAGGAAGAAGAACAAUGGUUGUAAUUUGGAGAAAAGAAUAUCUGGUCAUUACCCCAGGCUUUCAUUAACAAAGUCAUUUUAGCAGAAAUGAGUCAGGACCAACUUUGGAGUUAAAGAAAUUUGAACGGGUUAGCCACAUUGAACUCAGAACACAGAAGUUCAGUUUAUUUCUUCAUUGCAAUAAAAUAUCCAUCAGAAGCUCUUAUAGUUAACCUCCCUAAUUUUAUGUACUAUCUCUUCCUGUUGGGGCUUUAUAGAAUUAAAUGUUCUUACCCUUUAAUCAGAAAACUAAAGGGUUGUAGGUUUUUCUCAUACAUGAACUGAACUGCAUAGUUAAUAGAUUAGAUUUGUGGUAGCCUACAGAGACGUCUGACCACCACAGCUAAUCAAGAAUGUUUUCUUGGGUCUGGGGAGAUGACUCAGUGCUUAAGAGUACUUGUUGCUCCUUCAGAGGACCUUGGUUUAUUUAUUAGCAUCCAUCUGGUGGCUCACAACCAUUUGUAAUUCUAUUCCAGAGGAUCCCACUUGCUUUUCUGAACUCUAGGUACUGGAUAUGUAUGUGGUACACAUGCAUAAGAACAGACAAACACAUUAAAUGAAAAAAUUAUUUAAAGGGUUAAGAGAAGGACUAAAGGAACUGAAGGGCAUUUUAACCUCUUAGGAAGAACAAUAUAAACUUACUGGAAACCCCAAAACUCCCAGGGACUAAAACACCAACCAAAGAAUGCACAUGGAGGGACCCAUUGCUCCAGCUACAUAUAUAGCAGAGGAUGGCCUUAUCUGGCAUCAAGGAGAGGGGAAGCCCUUGAUCCUGUGGAGGCUUGUUGUCCCAGCAUAGGGGAUGCUAGAGGGGUGAGGUGGGAGUAGAUGGAGGGGAGCACUCUCUUAGGGGAGGGAAACAGAAUGGGGGGUUUGUGGAGGAGAGACCAGGAAGGGGACAACAUUUGAAAUGUAAAUAAAUGAAAUAACCAAUUAAUAAAACUAAAAUGAAAGAAAGAAAAAAGAACAUAGGAUUGGGUAAGGAAGUGGGGGAAGAUAUGAGCAGAGUUGGGGAGGGGAAAUAUAAUCAAAAUAUAUAAAAAUUAAAUAAAAACAAAAAUAGGAAGAAAAAAUUAAAAAAUAAAAAGCUCAUUGUCAGUCUUAAUGCUACCUAUAAAAUAGAUCUCAUUGGAAAGAUAUUUUUCUCAUGGUCAUAUUAGUAAAUGCUGCACAGUAAUUGCUAGUGCCUCUAGUUAGCUAGACCUCCAAUGACUUUAAUGCUGAUUGUAGAGAUAGCAGAGAAAUUCUAUCAAAGUCACUUCAUUCUGCAGUUCUUUUAAUAAAUGUUUGAAUGAAUGUUUGGAUGAAUAAUGUAAGAGCUAAGUGACUUUUUUCCUUCUUCUUGCAAUUAUAGUACCAGAAGCACAAUGAAAAAAAAAUGAAAGCACAUGAUGAAAGUGGCAGAUUUUUUUCAAGAGGAAAGCAAAUUAUUUUUUAUGCGAUAACUUUUUCCAGUUAGUACUUCUGUGAGUGACGUGACUCACCCCUGACAUUUGAACUCCCACACACCUUUUGGAGCAGGUAGGGUUUUCCUGUUUCUCGAGCUUGAUAUAAAGGCAAGAAUCAACCUACAUCUUUAAAACCAAAUAGGAAAUAAUAUAUCCCAUAGCAGAAAUGGUGAAGACACCCAGUGUCCCAGGGUCUGAACACAGAGCAGUGGAAUCGGUGUAGGGGGAUUUUGUUCCACUUUACUGAGGAGGAUGCUGUCUGCUCACCCAUGCUACAAAAGAAUGGUUUAUUAACAGAGAAAGUAGGCAACUUGUUAUAUAAAACUUGGUACCAUAAAAUACAGGAUUGGCACAGAUAACAUUAAGAGCCAUAGGUCAGACUGUCCUUAGCUGCAUUCUCUUUAUCUCAUAGUGAAUGUGCUGAGUGGGUAAGGAAGUUGAAAGGCGUGAAAGAGCUGUCUCUCAGAGCCUAUUUAUCAACAUGUCAAAGGCUACAGGAUUCUAUUCCCAGCUCCCAGUUCCUUCUUAUCUGUGACUGAAAUCCUUCUUCCCGUCCAUCUCCAUGUGUCUCCUUCCUUCAUUCAAUUAUUUCUAAAUUCCUUCCUUUCUCCCUUCCCCAAAUGUCUUCUUCCUUCAUCCAGUCCUUUCUGUUGUUCUCUCCUUCGUCUAAUUUCACUGUCUCAUACUUUUUUACCUUUCUGCGUCAUCUUCCCCCAGUCCCUCCUCUCUCUGUCCUUUCCCUUCUAUAUUUUGCAUUUCUGAUAAGGAUUUUCCAAUAAAGCUACCCUUACACAAAGAACAAGGGAGACUGGCAAGAAGACAAAUACCUGGAAAGACUGUAAAUUAGCCAGUAUGCCCAGGACAGGAGAGAUGGAAAGUUUCCAGUCUACCACCAGGAACAUAGAAAUAUAGUCAUUAUUGAAUAUAACCCACUACUCUUGGGAGAAAGUUUAGAAUUUUCACACUAUUAUCAAAGGGAACUAUUACCUCAAAACUAACAAAAUAUGACAUUAGGUUAUAUUUUUAGAUUAUAAAUUAACUUCAUAUCUCAUUUUUUCUUAGGGGAAAGAAGCUGAUGACUGAGAGACUACUUAUGGCCAAUGCAUCUAGAAACUUCAAAAUUAAGUAAAAUUCCUAGACUCUUUAGUCACAGUGCUCAUUUUCAUUCAGGGGUACAAUUUUUAAGAAUGAGUUAAGCAUGUGAAAUAUAUUAAUUUUGUCAAUGCCCCUAUGGAAUCUAAAAGCUGAUGUAAGCUGGGAAACUCGGGUGAGAUGCCCCAUAAUUGUCCCAUGGGCAAGCAUGUGUGCCAUUUUCUUGAUUUAAGAUUGAUGCGGGGAGGCUCAGCCCAUGUAGAUGGCACAUGUCAAAGGCUACAAGAUUGUAUUCUGAGCUCCCCGUUCCUUCUUAUCAGUUACUGAAAUCCUUCUUCCCUUCCAGACGGUCUUGGGUGGUAUAUAGGUUGAGCAAGACACAAGGAGCCAGGUAGUAAGUAGCACUCCUCCAUGGCUUCUGGUUCAAUCUGUGCCUCGAGUCCAUGCUGUUUUCCCUUGAUGGUGGACGGUUAUGUGGAAGUAUAAAUCAAAAAACUUUUUCUUCCCACAAAUUGCAUAUGGUUAUAAUGUUUUAGCACAGUGAUAAAGAGAAAACUAAGAAACAGGACAAAAAUAUGCAUUCCUAUGUUACCUAUUCCCCUAAAUAAGCAUGAGUCACCCGAAAUGAUAUUGUUUUGAUUUUCAAUAAAAUUUCAGUAGCAUUCAAGAAGAUUCUACCAUGUGCUGACUAUCUUUGGUAUUUAAUUGAUAAAGAAAGGCCUUGCCCAUUAGUGGACUAGUAAUAAAAUAAGUUGCAGUGGAACUUUGACCAAGCAUCUGUAAAAUAGAUGCCUUCUAAUUUCUUACACUUAGGCUUUCCUCAUUUAACUCUCAACAAGAAUCUGGGUUAUGUGUGUUGGGUAGAUACUAUCAGUUGCCUUUACUCACAAGAAAAUGAAAGCUUAGACCACAUGUCUAACUCAAACAAAGCCAUGAGCAGCAGGUAGAAGAGAGCCACAGGAUGCUCAGAUGGUCUCCGUCUGUAGACUUUGUUCUGUGUCCGACACAGAGAGUAAACACUCAGUAAUUUAAUCUUCUCCUGGAUUAUUAGGAGAGAGAAAGAGAGGGAAAGAAGGAGAGAGGAGGAGAGGAGCAGAAGGGGAGAGAGGAAGAGAGAGAGGAGGGAGAGGAGGGAGACAGGGAGACAGAGAAGAAAGAAAAUUACAUUACUUAAUGGCACUGGGGCCAUACAUUCAGAAAUCUACAUGAAGAACUCACUUUCAGAUUCCCUAUAGGCAGAACUCUACUGUGGCAGCUGGAACAAGCAUCAGUGCAGAUGAAUUCUGCUUCAAUAGCAAAGUAAAGAGAGAGACUUUAGACUGCCUCAGGACAAAGACAAUGGGAGAGAGAGCUUGCCUGCAGAGAAGCUCACAUGACAGAACUUGAAGCAAUAUAGAAUCCUUUUGUCCUCAGUUUUAGGCAAAUCUUUAAAGUUCACAAAUGACCAGAAGGUAAGUAUCUCUUUACCAAAGCAGAUUGUAUAAGAUAUUGAAAUUGUGGAUUGCAGCCUGGUGAGAGUAGCCUAGUACAUUUGCACAGAAAAAUACUAUAUGGGACACCAAUAGAUAUUGGAUAACUUAAUCCAAUUCAUCAGAAAGCCGACUUAGUUUGCUCAACUAUACAUUCCUAAAUUCCUUAGGAAUUGUUUCUAGGACACAUAUAUCUGUUGUGGUUUUGAUGGAGUCCACAGCAGGAAAAGGAUAAUUGGAUGGUAUAACCCAAUCAGAAUGUAAUAUGAGUUUGUGGGGUGUGGCUUUAUAGGAGACAGAGAUGUAAGCUAUGAUAUCCAACAGUUCUUCAAAGCAUGAGUCUAAAGAUCAGGAAAGAAAAAAAACCUGACGGGUGCAUUUAAGAUGUGAUACUUAAUUCUGAAUUUAAUAUGAGUAAAUUGUUUGAUCUGUCUAAGCUGUAUUCAUCCUAUCUUUUCUGUGGAAUAAAAAAGUCUUUUGCACAGCUUGUGUGUGUGUGUGUGUGUGUGUGUGUGUGUGUGUGUGUGUGUGUGUGUGUGUGUGUGUGUAGAUCAGUUUAAAAAAUUCAGGACAUUUGUUUGAUGCUGUAUCCUGUCAGUAGAGAUAAAGCAGGUGCCUUUAGCCUUUAGUAUUUUCUUGUCCUGGAGCUUCUUUGGGAGUUAUGUCACAACCCCAUUUGUUUUUCCUCUUUGACUCAAUGCUACACUUCAUCUCAAACAUUUUAAAAGUAGAAACCCUUCAGUUGCGAGAUUCUAUGGGGUACCUUCUCAUCUCCAGCCUGUAGGAGAAGAAGGCAAUCCCAAGUGCUGAUUGCUGGCUUCACCCCACCUUGGCUGCGAGGGAUACAUGAGAGUAGGUCAGCUGCAGAUAGACCCGAAUAUGGAUUUCCAAAUGCACUCUAAAAGGACUUUAGUACAUGCUCUGCAGUGUGAAGUUAACAGUGCCUCUACCAUGCCAGAGAGCGUGCAGUUUGCAGAUUGCAUUAGGACAUUUCCCUUUACAGCACACACUUAAAGAGUGAGCAGCUGCCUUAGGAGGCUUUCCUUUACAGCACACACUGAGUGUCAAUGCUGUCACACGUUUGCCCACUGACUGACUUUCCUGAGGAAGGUCAGAGCCCCACAUCGCUUUGUGAUUCACCACCAUGGCAGGCUCCUGAAUAUUUAAUCCAGCCACUCUAUGAGAAGGAGCCAUGGCAGCAAGUUCCAGGGAAGCCUGUGUAGUAAGAUUGUCUCAGACUGAUUUCAGAACUGCCUCCUUAGAGCACACUCAAGGACAUCCAAAGGUCAGACAGGGUGGGCAGACAUUCUUUUCUGCACUUGGUUAAGGCUGCAUUCGAGAGAGAGGGACCUGAGAUCCAGACAAUUGCAGGCCUUUCUUUUGUCUAUAAUGUAAUAUUUGUCUUUGUGUAAUUCCAACAAGAAAGUGUAUAACUUGGAAGAAUCGUCAGUGUUGUUUCAUCCUGGCAUAGCAUUUUGCCUCCCAAAUUAUGUGUUCUCCUGUACAGUAUAAUUCGAAAGUUGUGUGUGCUGUCAUCAUUGCUGGCUGGCAUUAUAUGGUGGAGGUAAUUAUUAGGUGCUGGAUGGACUGGAAUAUGGACUUCUCUACUGUUUUUGCUUUUAUAUUUUUUUCAAAAAAAAGUUCUGGAAAUUGGUCUGAUGUAUUAGUGAAGUUAUAAAAGCUUCAAUGAAAAAUGACACAAAAGAGAAUUCUUUCUAAAGGAGCUAUAACACGGUGAAGAGGCUGUCACUGAGUAAAUAUAUGUAUUUGCUUACUUAAUGCCAUUGUGUCUAAUAUUUUUAGACGUUUUUGUAGAGUACUUUCUUUUUAUGUGUGUGAGUUUGGCAUCUAUGGCUUGUGUAUGCAGAUAUACAUGCUUGAGACAGGUAAGGUGGUCAUGUAUCCUGCCCUAUCCUGGUCCAACUUAUUCCUUUGAGAUAGGGUCUCUCACUGAACCUGGAGUUAGGCUGGAAGCCAGUAAGCCUGAGAGAUCCCCCUGUCUCUGAACCACACAUCACUGGAUUGUGUGGCUUUCUAUACAGGAAAUGAGAUCCAAACAUAGUCAUAAAGCUUACUUACUUCUCCAGUCUGAAAAAAAAUCCCUUAGCACUGAAGAAUCAAAAGAACUUCUACCUUAGUUCCAUUCUUCUUACCUCUCUGAACAGUUAAAAUAGUUCUUUGAUUUCACAGUUGCUAUUUUGACCACUUUCUACUUUUUUUUUAUUUUAAUUGGUUUUGCAAUCUUCCCUUUCCCUUGAAAAGAGACUGACAUCUGUUUGUUUGUUUGUUUUGGUUUGUUUGUUUUGUUAUAAAUAGUUCCAGGGAGUUCUAUGUAAGUGAAGAAAAUAGUGUGUUGCUAUUUAUAACUGAGAUCAUGUGACCACAGUCUUGCAGGGUACCUUGGUUCUCUUGAGGGACUCUAUUGACAUUCACUCUCAAAGCCGCCUUCUACAAGACUAACAUGGGUUUGACCUUUAGCAUUGACCUUUCUUUUGAAAUUCUCCAGGCUGUACCUUCAUAUCCCGAGAAGCCUAACUCCCACUCUCUGUCUGGUAAAUAGAAGCUUAAUAAAUCUUGUAAAUCAAGUUACCAUUUAUGCAUGUCAAAUGGGGUUUAAGGAGAGGGCAACCAAUAUAUUGUUUUUCUAAGUAUGCUUCUAUUCUUUACCUAGUCAUAUUAUACUCAGAGGUGCACUUUCUCUGAGCUUGCUACCUCACAAGAGAAUGAAGCAGACACCUCCAUGCCCCUUCCUUAAAAAGGAAACAAAGAUAUCCUUGGGAGUUUGUUUUACUUAUAAUUUUCAUUAGGCUGUAACAUACUAACAAUAAUGAAAACUAAUCUUCAAAACAAAUUAAUGGAGUGAGGGAUUGUUGAAUCUUAAGCCUAAUUUUUGUUUCGAAAUCACUAGGCAUUCUAAUCAAAAGGGAAAGGCAGAGUCCCCAAGUCCUGGAGGAUCUUCCAUUUCAAUAGAGUAGGCAGCAUUACAGGAUGGCCAAGGAUGGUCACUUUUUUUGGAGCCAAAUGAACAUCUAAUUGUUCAAAAGCUGCCUAUUGAUCACCUUUGAUGUUAACUGCAAAUGAGGCUUCCUUGACUCCUUGAGGUGUGUUUUGAAGUAGAAGCCUGGUGAUUCAUUCCCAGGGCUACACUUCAGACUCUCAGUCCUGCAGGUGACUUUAGGAGGAAUAUCUGGGGGUUAAAGGGACUUUUAUUGAGUCUUGGUUUUGUGAUCUUCAGUUUACAAUGUAGCUUUUCAUGGACUUUUCAUUCCCUGUGGGCGGCUGCUAUAUGUCACUUUGAUAAUCACAAUUGUAUAUUUUAUAUGAAGUCAGGACAUAAAGAAUUUAAUAAUCUUUCCUAUCUUUAUCAAAAAUUUUCAAGUACAUAUACCUAAGAAUCAGGGGAACUUGGGCAAUUUUAGUAUUUCUAAGAUAUCUGAAAAAGGUAAAAAAAAAAACUUUACAAAAUUAAGGAACAUUGUUUUAAGACUUCCAGUAAUCUCAGUGGUCAAACUUGAGAACAGAUAGCUUCUUAAUCAUAUAGUAAAAUAAAUCUGGGUUAAUGUAAACAGUUUGAUGCAUAAUUCAAGUGAUAAACUAGAGUCCCAAAUUCCUUCUUCCGUAUUGCCCAGCAAAGAAGAAAAACAAACUUUCUCAUGGAGAAAAUAAUUGGUAUGUAUUUAAACAGGAAAUGUUUUAAACUUGUUUUGUGAGAUACCGUUCUUAAGGAGUCAGACCCUCUUUCUUAACAUGUAGAUGUGAACUCAUGGAAAAGAACUCGGCUUUUAUUCUUCUCCCCUUCUUCUGAAAUUUCUCAGACUGAUAAUGAGAUUCUUUUUUUUAAUUGGAUAUUUUAUUUAUUUACAUUUCAAAUGUUAUCCCCUUUUCUGGUUUUCCCUCUGGAACCCUGCUAUCCCAUCCUCACUCCCCUGCUUCUAUGAGGGUGCACUCCUACCCACCCACCAACUCCCACCUCCCAACCCUGGCAUUCCCCUACAUUGGGACAACAAGCCUCCACAGGAUCAAGAGCCUCCCCUCUCACUGAUGCCAGACAAGGCCAUUCUCUGCUAUAUAUGCAGCUGAAGUCAUGGGUCCCUCCAUGUGUACUCUUUGGUUGGUGGUUUAAUCCCUGGGAGCUCUGGGGGGGUCUAGUUGGAUGAUACUGUUGUUCUUCCUAUGGGGUUGCAAACCCCUUCAGCUCUUUCAGUCCUUUCUCUAACUCCUCCACUAAGGGUCCUCUGCUCAGUCCAAUAAUUGGCUGUGAGCAUCCGCCUCUCUAUUUGUCAGGCUUGUCUUCAGGUCCACAAUGUCACCCAUCUUUGGCCUGGGUGUUUUGCUGUAGCAUUUACGUUUGUUGUAAGUAUAAUGAAUGGAGCUUGCAUUCCUUCUCUUCUCUUCUCUUCUCUUCUCUUCUCUUCUCUUCUCUUCUCUUCUCUUCUCUUCUCUUCUCUUCUCUCUCUCUCUCUCUCUCUCUCUCUCCCUCCCUCCCUCCCUUCCCCUCCCUCCCUCCCUCCCUCUCUUUCUUUUUAAACUUGGGUCUCUAUGGCUGCAAAACAUGUCUUGUCCUAGCUCCUAUAGCAGUAACAUGAAGUCAUUAGACUUGACUGGGAGCCCACAGAGUCCCAUGAGGGACACGUUCAUAGUUUCGGUUGUCUGCCUUUCCAAUGCGUGUACAAUCCCGUAGUGCUUUGCCUUCCCUGGGAACACUUGACUGGCUUGCCCCUCCUGAACACAGUAUAAAAAUGUAAAUAAGAAAUACCCAAGUUAAUAAAGAGGGGAAAAAAGAAGCUGAAGAGGCAUUGGACAGGGGGCUUAUGUCCAGGAAACCGGGAAAGGGAAUAACAUUUGAAAUUGAAAUGUAAAUAAAAAAUACCCAAUUAAAAAAAAGAAAGAAAAAAAUAUACUUCAACCUUAUUUUGUAGAAAGUGUUUAAUUCUUCACCCUUGUUUUAGUUACAGUUUCCAUUGCUACAAGGACAUCAUUACCAAGGCAACUUUUACAGAGGCACACAUUUAAUCUGGGCUGGUUUACAAGUUCAGAGGUUCAGUCUAUUUUCAUCAAGGCUGGAAAUUUGGCAGCAUCCAAGCAAGCAAGGAGCUGGAAAAGCUGAGAAUUUGAAAUCAUGGUCCAAAAGCAACCAAGAAAACACUGGUUGGCGUCCACUCAUACAGUGACUCACUUCCUCCAACAAGGCCACACCUCCUAAUAGUGUCACUUCCCAUGGGCCAAUGAUAUUCAAACUACCACAGUCCCUUUAGUUUUAGGCAUUUUGUGGGGUGGGCUGGAAUUUACUAGUUUGUUUUGUUGUGUCUUUGGAAUCUGAAUUUUACCAGGUACUUCUGUGAAUUUAUUUAUAUGUGAAUAUUUGUCUAUGUAUUUUCAUUUUUAAUACUAAGGUGAGACAGAAGCCUCACCUCUUCCAAAAAUAUAGUGAUCUUUGGAUGACAUUAAAUUAUGGCAGAAGUGUUCACAUGUGCUUUAGGUCCUACCCAGAAUACCUUUUAGAAAAAAUCGACCUAGGCACACCAAAGAGGCCCUCCUGCUGGAAGGUGUGGUUUUGACUUGCUUUGUGCUCACAGAGCUGUCACUGAAGUGGAUAUGAGCAGUCACAGUAUGUUGGCUUGCUCUUUAUUCACUGAAGUAGGUGACUAGUGAUGUUUCCGGAAUAAUAAUGGACCUGGCACAGGGACAUUCUUCUCUAAUGGACAGCAGCUCGUUUGGUAUUUUAUCAAGACCCACUUUCAGAGCCCGUGACUUUGCCGCAAGGCUCUGUUCUGUUUCUCCUUGCAGCUCCAUGGUGUGCUAUUUCCACACGGCACAUGUUUAAUUUUGUGACUUGUGACAAUUUGAAAAGCAUAACAAUAUCUGCUCCCACUGAGAUACACAGAAUGCUCCAAGAUGAAUUGAGAGGAACUGAUUUGCAAGGAACACUACACCGUGACAAGAAUCUUCUUGGAAUCUCCUGGGCUCUUCCUUUCUUGAAGAGAAGCCAACAGACCUUGUUUUCCAUUUUAAAGAGUAAUGGGGAGGGAGCAAAGAAAUGCAUUUAUGAUUUGUUUAUUCUUGGAUGUUGCCUUGUCCGACAGAUCAAAUAAGGAAAAAAAUCCUCUAAAUGCUAUUAAAAAUAUAUCUUGAAUUUUCAAUACCCAGACUUUAAAAAUCUCUCACCCCCAAAUUUAUUAAGGUCAGGAGUUACAACAUAGAAGCUUCAUUUUUUUUAUCAUUCUUAUCACAUCAUGAGCUGGUGAGUGUGAUUUGCCUCCAAAUUAAAUUUAGUUGUAACUCUAAUAUGAGGAAUGUUAGUAGUCUCUAUACCACAUGCCCAGAGUGCGGAGGGGAAAAUCCUUAACUUCAUGACCUAUUGUGCAGUUCCCUCACAUUUCUGUGCUAGUUACAGAGGCUUUGGUGAAAUGACUCUGAAACAUUAAGGGCACCAGCUUAUCACUGAUAUUUAAUUUUUAUAUUAUUGUAUCUAGUGGUUUUCUUUAAUCCAAGUCGGCUGAUAAUUUCUUUGUGUUCUAACUCUUGCUUUCAUUUUCUAAUUUUCCAAUAUUUAAAAUUUAUCUAUUUUUCUGUGUGUGUUUUCCUGAGAAUCUGAUUAAGCAAUAUUAUUUUCCUUACAGAUUCUCUAGUCCUGUCUCAUAUAGGCAAUAUGUUGUUGCCAUGUCUAGAGGAAGUCCUGGUUAUACUGCCGAUCUCUGCUGAGAAGUGAAAAGUCAGCUCCAACAGAUGGUCUAUUCUGAGAGUUUCUGCACAGAAUUAUGUGUAGGUUAUUGACUGACUGCCCAGAGAAUAUAAAAUUAUAUAUGCCCAUAAAGAUACUACUGCAUGUAGAUAUUAGAUAGCCACCCCAUCAAAAUGUCAUAACUGAAAUUAGCUUCCACAUCAGAAAUUUCAUCUAAACUACAGUACAGGAUUAGAUGCUGACAUCUGUGUGAAGGACUGCAUAAAUGAAGCUAUACUGAGAGUGAGAGAAUUCGUUUUCUUCAUAGAAGAGCAACCAGGUGGUCAGUCCUGAAAACAUUACACAAGCUGAGCAGGCUGUCCUUAGGAGUACAUAUGUACGUACCUAUAUGCAUAUAAAAACCAGUUAAUGAAAAAGAGAGACCAUGAAUCUGAAAGAGAGCAAGAAGGGAUAUUUGGGAGGUCUUGGAUGGAAGAAAGUAUAUAUGUACUAUAGUUUCAAAAGUAAAAGAGUUAAUAAAACAUUUAGAUUUUCCUAGAAAAUGCUAAAGAAUACAGUUGCCAGGCUGUGAGAAUCCAUUCAGAAUUCUAAGACACAAUCAAUUUGUUUUCUGGAGUAGUUGUAUUAUCUUACAUCCUAUGUAUGAUAUGUAAUUGUAUGAGCCACCAAAUUUAUUUGCAUCCAUCCAACAAUUGUUCUUGUUUCAAUUUUUAUCCUAGAUAUUUUAAUAGAAAUAUUAUAUUUCUUCUACAAUUUUACUUUGCAGUUCAAUCUUAAUAAUACAGAAUAUAUUUUCAUGUGUUUAUCACCUAUAUUUCCUUUUUGAUGAAAAAUCUUUGUAUAGUUUCUGCUCAUAUUUGAAUUGGACUUUGUACAUUUUUGUUACUUGGUUUUGAAGUUCUCAGUAUAUUGUAGAUUCUAAUUUUUGUCAGGGAAAUAUAUAGUAAAUAUUUAAUUUUUCUCUGUAGCUUGUCUUUUAUCUUCUUAUGAAAGUCUUUGAUAGUCGAAGUGUUAAAUUUGAUGUUAUCCAGUUUUCAGUUUCUCCUUUCAGAAGCUCCAUACUUUUAGUCAAGAUUCAGCUUCUUUGCCUAGUUACUAAAGAGUUUCUGCAGAUUUUUGAUUAAAACCCUGUUUUAUUUUAUUGCUUUCAAAAUCAGAAUUUUAUCUGUUAUCCCACGCUGUCCUGGAACUCACUAUUUUGUUCUGGCUGAUCUUGAAUACAGGAUUUUUUUCAUUUUCUCUUCCAGAGUACACCAUGAUGCCUGUUUUCCUGAAACACCCAUAGCUUUCCAGUUUACAAUUGAAGUUUAUGACUAACUGUGAACUCUACUUUUUAUAAAGACAUAGGAACUUCAUCUAGGUCCAUUUUUCAUACAGAUGUGGCCCGCUCUGGUGUAACUUACCCCUACCCUAAUGGAUGAUUUUCAUUCCAUUGAAACUUUUUCAAAAAUCUGUUGUUCCUAAUCAAAUGGCUGUAAUGGUUUUUCUAUUGUAUUGGUAUACAUCUCUCUGUAAGUCCCAUGAGAGGAGAUAUGUAUGUUUUUUUUUAAAGAAACACUCCAUACAAUCAAACAUGUCCAAUUUUAUUUUACAGCAAUUUAUAUUAUACUAAUAUACUUUCAGUAAUAUUCUUUGAUGUGUGUGUGUGUGUGUGUGUGUGUGUGUGUGUGUGUGUGUGUGUGUGUGUGUUUCCUUACUUCUAGGUGCAUAUGGGAAAAGUAACGCCACGUGUGAUUGUGUGAGGCGGUGUUUAGAAGGCAAUUAGAUUUAGAAGGGGACAGUUCAGUCAAUAGUUCUAGUUCUCUUAGAAGACAGAAAUGUGGGCAUUAAAGAUAUAAUCCUAUUACUGAAAACUAGUGUCCCUGUUGAAACAAGUCAAGCUAGAAACUAGAGCUUGCUGUCUUUCCCACAAGUGGAUCCAAUGGUACAUCUUCACUUCACAAAUCAAGAAGAGAGAGGCUUCACCAAGAUUUGCAGAUGUGGGUGCUGAUCCCUCACAUCUAAUAUUAAAAGCAAACUGAAUAAUAUUUAGGCUCUUCUAUAUUUGACAUCUGGAGGUUUUAUAAUAAUAAUGCUACUUUCAUAAAUAUUUAAAAAUGAACAAAUUAAUUAAAAAAAUACUGUUCACUUUCAAGUAAAUUGGAGGUAUUCUAAUUUCAAACAGGUUCAAAAUAAAACCUUUGGUUUUCUCAACUUCAAAAGUGCCCUGAGUUCUUAAACUUAAUGCUUCUUUUUAUUUUUAAAGAUUUGAUUGAUACAUGAGUUCAUAUAUUUUCAGAAUAUGAUAUGUUUAUAAGUAACAUUAGAUCAUCUAGUUAAUAUUCAUUUAUAUGUGAUUCUACUUAUUUAUUUUUUCUACUUACUUAUUUUAUGAGUAUUUUAAAUAAACUUUUAGCAGCUUUGAAAUAUAAGGGUCAAUCUCUUUGGUUAGCAUGCUACAUAAUACAACAGUAACACAUUUCUCAGGUUAACUGCAACUUUGUGCUUUGAUCACAGUUUCUUUUGGUGCUACCCCCAACCCUCAGCCUCUUGUAUUCACUAUUUCACCUUUUGUGUGUUCAAGUCAGAUACACUUAGAUAUGAUGCAAAGACACAAAGCAAUGGUCUUCCUUUUCCUCAUUCAUUAGUAAUAAUAUCCUCCAUUUUCAUCCAUAUUGUCACAGGUGACAAAAUUUCCUUUUGUUUUGAGGUUGAAUUUUUUUUUUUGUAAUUUUAUAUGUGUGAUAUUUUACCUUUCCAAUGCUUGAUGAAUAAGCUGGGCUAACGUGCCUAUGUGGGUAGCAAUCUAUUUGGGAUUUGAAAUUUCAGUUUUUUUUAAUGUAGCCCUGGAUAUGAUUCUGACAAAGAUACAGUACUGAAACACUGUAGGUACUUGUGUACAACAGCAAAAUUUGGCCUUCAUAUUAUGAUUGAAAAUAGAUUAAAGACUAAAAUUAAGACCCAGAACUAAAAUAUUUUUAAAAGAAAUGAAUAAGAAAAAUAGUAGGAGUUUGGUCUAAGUACAAUUUCCUAUACAGGAAUUCAAACCUGGAGAUAACAAAAGCAAAAAAAAUAUAGUAAACUGAAAAUGUUUGGUAAAGCAAGAGAAACAGUUAAGGGACCAGAGAGGAAGUCCACUGAUUGAGGGAAAUAUAUACAGAGACUCUACACCCCAAUGCAAGUAAUUUGUACCGCACAAGAACAAGAAGGCAGUUCAAUUAAAAAUGAGAAACUGUCUUGAAUAAUCAUUUCUUUAAAAGAGUGCACAUGAUCCAACCGACUUGUGAGAAGCUGUCCUGUGUCACUAGUCACCAGGAAAAUGCAAUUUGGAAUCACAUGCUCUAUAUUGCACAAUUGAUGGAAUGGCUAUCAGCAAGUUGAGAGACAAUAAAUAUUGGUGAGGAUGUGGAGGAGAGGGAACACUAUCAGACACUUUAGAAGAAAACGUGUGGAGUUUUCUAAAAACCUGAAAGGCAAACGACCAUGUGCAUUUUAAUUUAUUUGAUAGCAUUUCAACAGCUCAUUGAGUUUGCCCACUAAUUAUUUAAAUCCCAAUUAAGUCACCUUUAAUUCUCUUCCUUUUAUGCCCCCUGUGAAUGUACCAAACCCCAUAGAUUCCGUUUCUUGUAUCUCCAGAGACAAACCACCUUUAAUCUCACCACAGGUCAUAUAUGCCUCCAUCAUGCCUCCCUUGGACCACACCUCCCUCCUCUCAAGUAUUCCUUCUCCUCUAGCUCCAUUGGAGGUCAUCUUUACCCAGCAGACAGAUGACACAGCUUUCCUGUUCAGGGACUGGCUUGAAGCACUGUUGCUAUGGUCUUACACUUGAACACCUCCCAGGAGUCUCUCCUCAGCUAGCAUCCUUGAGCAAACAUAUGGGUCUUGCCUUCUUUUAAGGAUGCUGGCCAUAUGCACACCUUAGCAUCCAUUCAUCAAGCUGUUCUUUCUCAGAAACCCUCAAUAGUUCAUGGUGAUUCCCUCCUCUAUUUUAUACACUAGCUUCCCCCUUUUUACUUAUGUCUUUCCUAUACUGCUACGCUAAUGGAACGGUUGCCAACAUGCAAUAUAUUCUUGUUGAUGAUUUGUUGCUAUCCUCCCAUAACUUCCUGGUUCUGCUGAAGUAUAGGUACCAUAGGAUCAAGUCAUUAGUGUGCCUGCCCCCUGUAUGGAACUCUGUCUGUUCAGCUGCUCAGUAUAAACCCAUUAGAUAAAUGCAUAAAUGUGCUGUGGCUAAUAUCAUCCAUGUGGCAUCAUUUUUCACCCUCCAACUAAAGAAUACCAAAACAUGUGACUACUACUUCAUAGGUAAACCAUCAUUAUUUAAUUGUAUAUAUCAUAUAUAUUAUAUAGCAGCAUAUUUAUCUUUCCUGUGCCAAACAUUAUCAGAGAUGCCAUGUGUGGAAGAAACAUGUGUUAAAAUAUAGUUUUAUUUUAAACAUGUUCAACAGAAUUAAAAAACAAAUCCUCCAACGUAUGCUUCUUCAUUAACCCAGUUCAGUGGGUACAUCAUUAAGACUAUGGAUGUUGGAGGGAAAGUUGUGGAGUGCAUGAGUUUUCACUUACAUGAUUUUAAGCCUGAGAUUUCAAACAUUUUUUGGUUGUACAAGAACAUCACUUCAUGCAUAGCAUUAUUGAAAACUACUACUUCCAAAGAGAACUGCUACAUGUUUCAAAAAUGGGGGUAGAGAGGCUUUUAAAAUAAGGAGUUUGAAUUUCCUUUAUGUACUAAAUAUCGCAUAACAAAAAUUUAUAUUUAUACAGAGCCAGUAAAAACAAAUAAAAGCCCAGGAGUAUUAAUUAGGAAUGUAAGGCAACACAAAGCUUCAAAGAAUUCUGAAGUAAGGACACUUUCAGAGAUGCAAGCAUCUGGUUUUCAGGCAUUUGUAACAAACUGCCUGUGUAGCGCCGCUCUCAGUACUAAAGUGCCUUGUGCAAAUCGCAAGCCCUGGGGAUUGCUCCCCUAACUUAAAUCAGUCUGUAGGAAAUAAGUUGUAUUUGCCUUUUAAGAAGAAGAAGAAACUGAGGCAGUUCCUGCUCUUAGCACAAUGCAGCAAGAUAGCUUUGGGGCUCUUUUGCCUGGGGGCAAAGUAUACAGCUCCACGACUGUGACUUCCAAGUUACCGUGUGUUACUGUGUUUGAAAGCAGAUAAUAGCUUCUGGUUCCGAGAUACCUGAGUCCAGACAGUGCUAAAAUAGUAGCCAGUUUGGGGUAUCAGCUUGCUUUCUACUUCGGAGCCCGCGAGUUGGAAUAUAUCAUUCUGUGGCACAGCACUACUGCUUUAGUCUAGUAAAUCCUCAACUCUGACGAGAGUCAGCCUCUGUCUCGGCUCUCUGAAUAUGACCAUCUCUGUGUAUAGGAACAGUUUGAGUUUUGGCUACAGGCAGUCUCUUUCCAAUCUCUCUUUUAUUAUUUAGACACAUUUUGGACACUCUUCCCCCUCCCCCUGAGAUUCCUCCCCAGCAGGCCUGAUUGUUUAGCAGGAUCUUUUAUUGGUUUGCAAAGGGCUUUAGCCCCAGUGACCUGUCAUCUCUCUGCUCACCUGCUUACAUGCUGAUUCAUUGAUGAGCUGGCAUCGCAAGCCCCGCCUCCCUCGGCAUGGUCCGUGAGGUUGCAAUUGCUUCAGGAGAGAGGAUGCCGAGAUGCACCAUAGCUAGGUUACUACAAGUGUGAGACAGCAUCUUAUCUGUUGCCACAGAAGAACUUGGUGACCGUCCUGAGAGGCAGCGCUUUCUCAGUGCCCUGUUACUCUUGCGUCUGCACUGGCUGCUGUACCUUCUGACUUCUGACUCAGGGACUCACAGCUAAUUCCCCAGGAGUUGUAAGGCAGCCCGAUAUAUAAACUGAGACAGAAGUUUCCCCCCAGAAGCUGCCUUUUUUUUCUUUUUCUUUUUUUUUCCCUUUUCUAUUGGCAAAGACUUCUGACUCUCCUCAGAGGAAUACCUUGUUGCUUAAGAUGAGUGGCUGUAGGAAACGGUGUAAACGUGAAAUAUUGAAAUUUGCCCAGUACCUUCUCAGGCUAUUAACAGGUUCUCUUCAUACAGACAGUGUGGAAGAUGAACUGGAGAUGGCCACUGUCAGGCACCGGCCUGAAGCCCUGGAGCUGCUGGAGGCCCAGAGCAAAUUCACCAAGAAAGAGCUUCAGAUCCUUUACAGAGGAUUUAAGAAUGAAUGCCCCAGUGGUGUUGUUAAUGAAGAAACCUUCAAGGAGAUUUACUCGCAGUUCUUCCCACAGGGAGACUCCACCACAUAUGCACAUUUUCUCUUCAAUGCAUUCGACACGGACCACAAUGGAGCUGUGAGCUUUGAGGAUUUCAUCAAAGGUCUUUCCAUUUUGCUUCGAGGGACAGUACAAGAAAAACUGAACUGGGCAUUUAAUUUGUAUGACAUAAACAAAGAUGGCUACAUCACUAAAGAGGAAAUGCUGGACAUAAUGAAAGCAAUUUACGACAUGAUGGGGAAAUGCACAUACCCUGUCCUCAAGGAAGAUGCUCCCCGACAGCACGUGGAGACAUUUUUCCAGAAGAUGGACAAGAAUAAAGAUGGUGUCGUUACCAUAGACGAGUUCAUUGAAAGUUGCCAAAAAGAUGAAAACAUAAUGCGCUCCAUGCAGCUCUUUGAAAAUGUGAUCUAGACUGUCGGUGCCUUGACCGGAGGCAAAUGUGGACGACUACACACGAGUUGAAGCCACCAUUUCUAGCAUAGAUUGCUCAGCUUUACACUGAGGCAUAUUAUGCAAACAGCUUUGUUUUAAUAUAAAGACCCCCGCGCCCAAAUUUAAGUUUUCCAGUUACAAAUCCGCAUCCACGUCACUGGGGUCCCGAAAUGUGCUCACUUAUUUCAUACUCUGAGAACACUCAAAAGGCACAGAAUCUGGAACAGCUUUGAUCCUCAGCCACGUGUUACGGGGGCUUUUACAGAUGAGUGAUUUUAAAACACCAGUGGGUUUUCCUACUUGUUUGUAUUCAGCCCUGGAUUUUAAGUGGUUUUCUAAAAUAUUUACAUCUGCAUUUAACUUCCAGAAAGCCAAUGACCUUUUCAUUUAACUCAAUUCAUGUAAUACUGAAAAAAGGAACAAAGAUUAUUACAAUUAAAAAAGACCAAAAACACAGUCCCGAUUUCUAUAGCUUCUCCACCUGCUGUUAAAGACAGUCAUGUAUUUGGCUUUUUUUUUUUUUUAAAAAGAACACUUAAAAAAUUAGUUUAUUAUCAGAUGUUAGCAUAUACCUAAUAAAAUUAUUUUAGUAUUUGUUAAUUUUCCAUAUUCAAGCCAAGGCUCUAUAUAAUCCAUGUAACUUUGGACCUGUUCAAUCUUACAUGUAGACUGUUUUGUAUUGUGUUCUGAAGUAGAAGUUCAAAGUGUCAAACAAACCAAGGAUGUUUACAGACUUGCAAAGGGUCCAGAUGUCUGUCCUGCAAUGCCUAGUGACGCUUAUUAACCAGUAACCUGAAGAGCAGUAACUGGCAAUUCUAGCCACCACCCCUCCCCAAGCCCCUUCAUGUUCUCACAGCAUGUUUAUCACACACAAGCCAUUCAGGGACAGAGAAUCCUUGACUGCCCCAAAGCCUACUAGGAAUAAAGAUCAAGCAAAAUCUUCUUUGAAAACACCAGUGAUUCUAUCAUAUUGGAAAUAUACAUAAGAGUGUAUAGAAAACGAAUGUAGACAUUGGACAGUUCAUCCGAAUUGCAUUAUGAUUUAGCACAUCAUGUAGUUCAAAGGAUUCACAUUCCUUUCCGUGAUCUUAAGCCAAAACUGUAGAAUUGCCACAACAGUACUAGAUAUACACACAUUCCCUGUUUCGUGGAAAUCCAAGAACCAAGAGGAUACGGGAGGAGAAAAUUUGCGACUGUCUGCAACAAUAAAUCAGGUAUCUAUUCUGGUGUAGAGAUAGGAUGUUGAGAGCCGCCCUGCUAUCACCAGUGUAGGAAUUAAGAGUAGUACAGUACAUGUACAGAAAUCUGCCAUCGCGUGUUUGUGUAAACUCAAUGUGCACAUUUUGUAUCUCAAAAAGGAAAAAUAAAGCAAAAUAAAGUGUUUAUUACUCUA